AUGGGUAGGAAUCUCUGAAUGUGAUUUUAUAUACCAAUGAGUUAGCUAACAAUUACCUUGAUUUAAUAUUUUUGGAUAGGCGUUUCAAAUUAUUUAAUAUUUUUGGCUAAACAUUUAAAAACAAUUUUUUUUCAUAUUAUUAAAAUAUAAAAAAAAGUAUAUCAUAUAUACAAAUAUAUCAAUGUAUAAAAAAUAAUCAAAGUAUUAAAGUAUUUUUUAAAAUAUUAAAGGAACACUAUAGUGUUGGGAAUGUAAAACUGUAUUCCUAAUGCUAUAGUGUCCCUUUCCCUAAAUCUAAAGGGGAGACAGCCUAGAAAAUGGAGAUCCCCAUAUGUUUUAAAACUACAGCUUCCAUGAUGCUUUGUCAUUCUAAAGCAUUCUAAAAGAAGGCAAAGUAUCGUGGGAGUUGUAGUUCUACAACAUCUUGGGAUCUACCUUUUGGUCACCCCUGGCCUAGAGGUUCUUUGAAACUGCAAUAUUUUACAUUGCAGAACUAUGGGGGACACCCAGACCAUUUCAAUGAGAUUAGGUGGUCUGGGUGGUGCCUAUAGCGCCCCUUUAAAUAUUUUAAAAAUGUACCCCAAAAUUUUAAAUCAUUUGAAAAGCUUAUCUACAAAUAUUAAAUCAAGACCUAUGUCUAAGAAAUAGAAAUAUAACUUUUCAUGUAAAAUGUCCAGAAAUUCUGACGAUUAUUAAAAAUCUCUGAAAGAAUGAGAAUGCGUUCAGUUCUCUGGUUUUCCUGACAUAUGAAUUCUUUCCAAUUUGCAGUGAUCGCUGAUGGGACACUUGACAGACCCACCCUUAUUGAUGACUUGGGAAGUGAUGAAGAUUUCUAUGAGGACUUGCAUGUAUCUAGUCACCGGUAUGGCGGAGGCGGGGAACAGCUGGCAAUAAAUGAGGUACAUACCGGAGCUUUUAAUAGCAUUAUUGUGCUACUUGAAAAUACUGAAACCUAUGUACUGACCUAUUUUGCGUGUGUUUAAAAUGAUUAUUGGUCAGUUUUAUGCCUAGAUAAAUGGAACUAAAUAGUUAGGAACACAAACAGGUAUUCCUAAUGCUAUAGUGCCCUCGUCACAGUUUAGGCUACUGCCCACCAGCUUGUAAGCUGUAAAAAAGAGAGAUUUACUUACUUUUUCUCUUUCUCCCAUCCUGUCACCCUCCUCCAUGGCUGAGAUCAUAGGGAAGCAUCGGAAAGCGAGUGUGCAUGCACAGCAAAAUGCAACACUGCAAUAAUCAGCAUCUCCUCAUAGAUUCAGUGCAUGCAUGCAUAGGUCCAGAAAAGAUUGCAGGACUGAAAUAUGGUAGUGCCUCUAGUGGCCAUCUGAGUGACAGCACCUGUAGGUGUUACUAGAGACCAAUGUAAACACUGCCUUUUCCCCUGGUUCCCCUCUCCUCUUCCUUGACCACUUUGCUGCCUGGUUACCCUACUUCCUCUCUUCUAACAUUCCAUCCUUAAUUCUUGGAGACUUCAAUAAUACCAUUAACCCUCCUUUAACCCCAGCAGCCUCUAAACUACUUUCAAUCACUUCCUAUUGCAGUGUGCUAAUUCUCCCACCCAUGUAGCUGGCAAUACCCUCAACCUUAUUUUCUCGUAUUCAUGUACAGUAUCUAAUAUCUGCAGCACUCCAUUUCCUCUCUCUGAUCACCACCUCUUAUUGUUUGCUCUCGAUUACCCCCUCACACAACAACCUCAGUCUAACCACCUCAACUCAGGAGGAACCUUAAUUCUAUUGACCUCCAGCAGAUGUCAGCUGACAUUGAUUCACAUCUCCUAUCUAUCCCUUCUCUCUCUUGUCCCUCACUAGCCAUCUCCACAUAUAACACUACCCUCACCUCUGCCUUGAACGCUGCAGCCCCGCUUCAAACAUGCACCUCAAGGAGGACACGACCCCAACCUUGGCAUACUAAAUCAACACGCUAUCUGCAGAGUUGCUCCCGUUGUGCUGAAUGCUCCUGGAGGAAGUCCCACACCCAGGCAGACUUUCUCCAUUAUAGAUUCAUAUUGCGUUCAUACAGCGGAGCCCUUGCCCUCGCCAAAAAGUCCUACUUUUCCUCUUUCAUUAGAUCAUGCUCCUGCAAUCCCAAACGUCUCUUUGACACCUUUAAUUCUCUUCUCCGCCCUGCUGUGGCAACCCCCUAAACUAACCUUACAGCUGAUAGCUUUGCAUGCUACUUUACCGACAAGAUUGAACCACACGUAAAUCAUGCCUUUCCUACCCUUCAGACUUUCUCCCCGGCUACUGAACAAGAAGUGGCUGCGCUUCUCCAUUCCUCUCGCCCCACCACUUGCCCGCUCGAUCCUGUCCCAUCUCACCUCAUCAGAUCUCUCUCCCCUUGUCUUGUGCCUUCCCUAACACACAUCUUCAACUGCUCUCUCUCUUCUGGCACUGUUCCUGCUGACCUUAAACAUGCCACUGUAGUACCUAUCCUGAAAAAAACAUAUUUUGACCCAUCCUCCCCCUCUAUCAUCCCAUAUCCCUGCUCCCUUUUUCAUCAAAGCUUUUGGGGAGACUUGUCUUUACCCAUGUGUCUCGCUUCCUCAAUUCCAACUCUCUCCUUGACCAUCUUCAGUCUGGCUUCCGCCCUCUCCACUUUACUGAGACUGCUCUUAUCAAAGUUACUAAUGACCUAAUCGCAGCUAAAUCUAAAGGUCACUACUCCAUAUUAAUUCUCCUUGACCUCUCUGCUGCCUUUGACACCUUUGAUCAUGCUCUCCUCCUUCAAACUCUUCAAUCGCUCGGUCUCUGUGACUCUGUCCUCUCAUGGUUUUCCUCUUAUCUGUCCCAAUGCUCAUUCAGUGUCUCCUUUUCCAAGGAUACCUCCUACCCUCGUCCUGUCUCGGGUGGAGUUCCCCAAGGCUCUGUCCUUGGUCCCCUUCUAUUUUCUCUUUAUACUGCCUCUCUUGGCAAACUUAUUACCUCUUUUGGAUUCCACUAGCACCUGUACGCUGAUGACACUCAGAUAUACCUCUCCUCCCCGGACCCAGUGGCGGAUCCAGGGGGGGGGGCAACGGGGCAAUUGCCCCCCCCGAGAAAUCCGCCGGUCUCCCUCUCCCUCCCCUGCCAGCACAUGCAGGUGCUAGCCCUGCAAUGUGCCUGCGGACCGGAGGGGAGAUCAGAGAUCUCCCUCCCCGGUCCGCAGGCACUGUGCUUACAGCCGGCAGGGGAGGGAGAGGGAGGAGAGAGGACCCGGGAGCUCAGACUGCAUCUCCUCCGGGUCCUACUCUCGCGAGAUUUGGAGCGUUGCCGUGGUUACCAUGGCGACGCUCCAAAUCUCGCGAGAGUGAACUCUAGCCCGGGAGCGCGGGCUAGAGUUCACUCUCACCACUGGGACCACCAGGGAACGAAAUAUGUCCCCCCUCCUCCCCAGUAAAGGUAAGAAGGGAGGGGGGACAUAGGAUAUUUAUUUUAAUUAAAUUAAAAAAUAUAUAUUAUUAAAAAAAAAAAAAGCCACACACACAUACAUUGCCCCCAAUACUGCCCCCCCAUUCACACAAACUGCCUCCUAUACACACAAACUGCCCCCCCAUUCACACAAACUGCCCCCUAUACACACAAACUGCCCCCCCACACAUACUGCCCCCAUACACACACACUGGCCCACACAUACUGCCCCACAUACACUGCCCCCACAGCCCACACCUGCCCCCCAUACACACACUGCCCCCAUACACAACACUGCCCCCAUACACUGCACCCCUUACACAUUGCACCACUCACACACACCACUGCUCCUAUGCCCUACUACAGCCCCAUUUCCCAGCAGAUCUCAGGUAAGUUGUCAAACUGUUCUUAAACAGUUUGACUACUUACUGUGGGAGGAGUCCCGGCACUAUUGACACCAUAACCACUACACUGAGCUGUAGUGGUUAUUGUGUCUGGAUUAUUUCUUUAAAUAAUCUACAAGUGCCCCUUCGAGAUCAGGCUCUGGAUCCGCCACUGCCCGGACCUCUCCCCUGCCAUCUUGCAACGUGUCACUGCUUGCCUUUCUUCCAUCUCUGACUGGAUGUCCUCGCGCUUUCUGAAACUCAAUCUCUCUAAAACUGAACUCCUUGUCUUUCCUCCUUCUAAUACUGAUCCUCUUCUAUCUCUCUCUCCCUUCAAGUCAGUGAUAUCCACAUAAGCCCAUCUUUGCAAGCGCGCUGUCUUGGCAUCAUACUUGACUCUGGCCUCACCUUUGAGCCUCACAUUAAGUUUGUUGCCAAAUCCUGUAGAUACCAACUUAAAAACAUAGCCCGCAUCCGCCUCUUUCUUACACAAGAUGCUACCAAGGAGCUUGUCCAUGCUCUGGUAAUUUCCCACAUGGAUUUUUGUAACCCUCUCCUGAUUUGUCUCCCCAAAAGCCGUAUUGCCCAGUUUCAGUCUGUACUGAAUACCGCAGCCAGACUUAUUUUCCUCUCUAGUCGGUCCUUCCACACCUCACCCCUCUGCCAGUCCUUACAUUGGCUCCCUGUAUCCUAUAGAAGUCAAUUCAAAGUGCUAACCCAUACAUUUAAAGCACUGAACAAUUCUAGCCCCUCUUAUAUCUCUUCACACAUCCAAAGGUAUGCCCCUCCUUGUUCCCUCCACCCUGCCCGUGACCACCUCCUGACCGCUGCUCGCACCCGUACGGCCAACUCAUGCUUGCAGAACUUCUCGUGGGUGGCUCCUUUCCUAUGGAAUAGCCUGCCUACCCCCAUCAGACUGUCCCCUAGUCUUCAAUCCUUUAAGAAGUGCCUUAAAACCCAUCUCUUUAGGAAAGCUUAUGACCUCCCAGGGUAACCUCUACCUUACAUACCUGUCUCUUGCUCUCUCCUAUAGGGCAGUGUUUUACUCUCUCCUCCAGCUCUGCUUCACUCCCACCCUAUCUGAUUGCUAUUUCCUGUCCUAACAUGUCUUGUACCCCACCUCCUAUAGAAUGUAAGAUCGUUUGAGCAGGGCCCUCUUCAACCUAUCGUUCCUGUAAGUUUUCUUGUAAUUGUCCUAUUUAUAGUUAAAUCUCAUAAUAUUGUAAAGCGCUACGGAAUCUGUUGGUGCUAUAUAAAUUGCAAUAAUAAUAAUAAUAACUUACAGCACACAAGCAAUAUAUUUUGUCAGCCAAAAAAAUUUGAAACUUGUAAAUUCCAUCCAGAAAACUUUCACCACAGUUCCUCCUGGGAUAUAAGAUUAUUACUAACCUACUCCUUUUAUAAUGUAAACUCAUUUGAGCAGGGCUCUCAACCCUGACUGUUCCUGUACAUCCAACUCGUCUGGUUACAAAUAUGUGUCAGUUCACCCAUUGUACAGCGCUGCAGAAUUUAUUGUCACUUUAUAAAUAAUAAUAAUAAUUACCACAAAAUACUUAUGGCCGGUGCAAACCCAUGUCACAUGGAGAAUAUGUUUCCCUGAGGGGCCUCCUUUCACUUUGAGAGCAGUCUGGUUUCUCCUUGUUCUCGGAGUAGAGACAGCUUCGAGACUCCCAUGCACCUCAUCACAGAAUUCUGAAAUUCCUGGCAUACAGUGAUAGUCAAGUGAACCGAUCUCUGGUACAGCAGAAUGCAGUCACAGCCCUUUCACCACUAGAAACAAGAUCGCCUUUAUUUUGUGAUUCUAGCAGUUGAGGUGCAAAUAGAAUGACAAUAGUUCAAUUACAAGUGGGCACAUUAUGUGCAUUUGUGAGUGAUUGUAAAUAUAUAUGUAUUGAUGUAUUUCUAUAGCUGUAUGUGGAUGUACGCGUAGCUGUGUCUUUGUGUGAAGGUGUGUGGAAGCAUGCGUUGCUGUGUCUGUGUGUGUGUAUGGAUUAUGCAUAGCUGUGUGUAUGAGUGUUGUGUAAGACUGGCUAGCUCUGUACUGUGAGUGGUUUGCUACAAUCAAAGGAAAAAGAAAGUACACCCUGUUUGAAUUCUAUGGUUUUACAUAUCAGGACAUAAUAACAAUCAUCUGGUCAUAAAAUUAAGUAAAUGCAACCUCAGAUGAACAUUAACACAUGACAUGUUACACAAUGCCAUGAUUUUUUUAACAAAAAGUAAAGACAAAAUGGAGAAGCCAUGUGAGCAAAACUAAGUGCACCAUAUGAUUCAAGAGCUUGUAGAAUCACCUUUAGCAGCAAUAACGUGAAGUAAUCUUUUUCUGUAUGUCUUAUAAGUAUCUCACAUCAUUGUGGAGGAAGUUUGUCCCGUUCUUCUUUAGAAUGUUGCUACAGUUCAUUGAGGUUUGAUGGCAUUUGUCUAUGCACAGCUCUCUUAAGGUCCCACCACAGCAUUUCAAUCAGGUUGAUGUCUGGACUUUGACUGGGCCAUUGCAACACCUUGAUUCUUUUCUUUUUCAACUGUUUUUCAGCCAUGUAGAUUUGCUUGUGUGCUUGGGAUCAUUGUGCUGUUGCAUGACCCAAUUUUGGACAAGCAUUAACUGUUAGAUUGCCUCACAUUUGACUCUAGAAUACUUUGGUAUACAGAGGAGUUCAUGGUUGACUCAAUGUCUGCAAUGUUCCCAGGUCCUGUGGCUGCAAAACAAACCCAAAUAAUCACCCCUCCACCACCGUGCUUGACAGUUGGUAUGAGAUGUUUGUGAUGAUAUGCUAUGUUUGCUUUUUAGAGAGAAGAGGCUUUCUCACUGUAGAAUGAUGGACUUUAAAUUGUUUGGAAAUGGCCUUAUAACCCUUCCUAGUUAGAUGGGCAGCAAUUAUUGCUUCUCUAAAACCAUUGCUGAUGUAGUUCCUCCAUGGCGUUGUGUUAACACACACCUGAUUGCUCCAGACCAGCAAAAUGAUAAAACUUUAGCUUUUAUAGAGGUGGUCACAAUUGCUGAUGGUCACUUAACCAAGGGCAUUUGCUUAGCACAGUGCUCGACAAAUCCCAGGCGCCAGGUUGCCAUGGCGACUUGAAAUUAUGCCCUGGCGCAAAAUUUGAAGCCCUUUAGCUGAAGGCAGGAUGGGUGAACAAUGUGGCCGACCGUUCGGCUCAGUGAGCGUGCAGGCAACCGCUCUGAGGAGCGUGUAGGUGGCCGCCCUGGGGAUCUUGGGCUGCAUGGAGAUGGCCACCAUGGGGAUCGAGCAGACAGCAGGCUGGGGCAGCGUGGGAGGGAGCAGUAAUCUUCCUGUAGCUCCUCUCUGCUAGCUUGCACUGUAUAGUGAUGCCAGGAGCCGGAAUAUGACAUCAUUCUGGCCCCAGCAUCACUACAGAGAGCAGAGAGGAGCCGCAGGUAGAUUACUGCUCCCUCGCACACAGAAUGAGCGAACAGCCCUACUAGACCCCAGGGAAAGUCCACUUAGCUCUCCCAGGUAGGGGGGCUGGCUGGAUUUAAAUGGAAAAUGUCAGUUUAUGUGUGUGUGCAUGUAUGUCAGUGUGUGUGUUUGUGUAUCUCUCUAUGUCAGUGUGUAUCUCUCUCUGUCAGUGUGUGUGUGUGUGUGUGUGUCUCUCUUUCUCUCUCUCAGUGUGUGUUUGUCUUUCUGACAGAGAGAGACACACACACACUGAUAGUGUUUGUGUGUCUCUCUCUGUGUCAGUGUGUGUGUGUGUAUGUGUCUCUGUCAGUGUGUGUGUGUCUCUGUCAGUGUGUGUGUGUGUGUGUCUCUCUGUCAGUGUGUGUAUGUGUGCGUGCCAGUGUUUGUGUGUUAUUAUGUCCUAAUAUGUAAAACCAUAGAAUUUAAAGAGGGUGUAUUUUUUUUUUUCAUGACUGUAUGUAUAUGUAAGAGAGUAGCUAGCUGUGUUCGUGUGUGUGGGGGGGGAGGCGGGGGUUGGGUAUUGAGGUGAAUGACCAGAGCAAGGGCAGACCACAUUGGGCACUCCAGAUGUUGUGGACUACAGUUCCCUUGAUGCUUUGCCAACAUCAUGGCUGUAAGAGCAUUAUUGGAGUAGUCCACAAUAUCUGGAGUGCCGAAGGUUGCCUGCCCUUGUACCAGAAUAUCAAAGUUCUUUAAUCUAGGGCAAAUUUUCAAAUGCAUGUAGCAAAGCAUGUAACAUCUGAUGUAUUUCCCAUUUGCACGGUAUUUCAACCUACAGUUAAAGGAACACUCCACAGUGAUAAUAAAUAAUCAUUGUUUAGUGGAUAAAUCCCAUGCAAGUAUCCGAUAGGGUUAUAUCUUAAAAGAGUUUACAAAAGCUGCAAUUCCUGCAGCCUUUGCAAGUCCUCAUCGCAGAGGUAUAUCAUUGAAAAUACUUCAAAGUUCUACCUCUGUAUGUACUCUCACAUGGCACAGCUUUCUGAAAUCAAUCAUUAUUUAAUGAUAAAUGUGCCGAUUUCUCAUAUAAUGUGUGCCUGUGUGUGUUGUACAUGUAUGGUUUUAUGUACGCAUCUGUGAAUGUGUGAAUGUGUGUGUCUGUGUGUAACUGUGUGCGUGAGUGUGUCUUUAUGUAUAUAUCUGUGAGUGCGUGAAGAUGGGUUUCUUGUAGGUGUUAAGGAGUGUUGCCUUGGAGGGAUCAGUGGUUGGGCCUUGGGAAACAGGCUCAAGUCCGGGUAUAUUUUGACCCUAGCAACACCCCUGGUGAUAGUUCUUCUGUAAAACACUUAUUGUGAUCCUUUGAGAGUUGGGUUUUGUAAAUACAUGUGCUGAACCUUUUUUUCUUGUUCAUAUCAAGUAAUUCAGGAGAGAAGAGAGACUUUCCAUUCAAUAUAUGUACAUACUGUGCCUAUUAUGGAAAUAUCCAUUCACUGACCCUAAAUUAAAAAAUAUCUUCUCCUGUUUUGGGUCACACUGGGUAACGUGAUUAUUAGAUCAGCAUGACAUCAUGGUACAAGCGGCCAAGGAAUACCAACCUUACUGCUCCCUCUUUCAGGGGUCACAGUGCGAGAUGGGCACCAUACAGUAGGUCCAUAUUUUAGCUCCAGCAAUCCAAAACAAGAAUAAAUAAACAUGGCGUUAAUAUUUAUCUAUUAUAAAUCAAAGUUAUACAGCAGAAAAAAAUACAAUUCCUCUCUAUUUCCUCUUGCACUUUCUGAAACAACUCCAGUAAACAAUGGCAGGAUUCAGGCACCCCCAAUCGCAUGUUUCAGGAUUACAGUCCUCCGAUGACUGGAUUCAGGCACCCCCAAUCGCAUGUUUCAGGAUUACAGUACUGGAUUCAGAACUCAGAUUAAGGAACAGCGCACACACAAAAAUACAUUUUUAAAUUAUAUAAGGCUAUUUAAAGUCACAUAACGAACCCAAAAGGGAUCUGGUCUGGAUUCCAACGUUACAUAGUAAAGACAAAAAGGAAUUGGGGGCACAUCCAGAAAAUGCAUUUUGCAGGAAUUGUGCUGCUGUAGUGACCAAAAUGUACACAUAAUACAGUUUACAUUUUAUAAAGCUACUUAAAAUCAUCCCAAGCAAAUAUGGGGAUUCAGGUCUACCAUAUGGCCAUAUUGGGUUAAGCCCACCAAGAUUUCACAGUACCCAAUAUAUGUAAUAUAUAAGUAAAAACAAAUAAACAAACUGUGGAUAAAAUAAGUCCUCACUUAACGCGUUUCGCCAAAGGCUUUCUCAAAAGUGGACCAUUUUUGCGAAUGCCUUUGGUGAAACGCAUUAGUGAGGACUUAUCUUGUCCACAGUUUGUUUAUUUGUUUUUACUUAUAUAGCUGUUGUUUCCAGCUUUUUUUAUUAAAUAAACCUACUAUUUUAUAUAGCCACGCGCGCAUUCAGUCUGUCCAUAGAAAAUCAUAGUGAUAAGCGCAGAAGCGCUUCUAGCGGCUGUCAGUGAGACAGCCACUAGAGGCUGGAUUAACCCUAAUGUAAACAUAGCAGUUUAUUUGAAACUGCUGUGCUUACAGCAGGCAGGGUUAACCCUAGCUGGACCUUGCACCCAGACCACUUAAUUGAGCUGAAGUGGUCUGGGUGCCUAUAGUGGUCCUUUAAGCGCUGAUCACCUCCUGUCUGUUAUCUUUACCCCAAUGACAAGAAUCUGACACCCCUAGUCACAGAAUUUAGGAUUUUAGCAUUCUAAUGACAGGAUUUAAAAAUUCAGCAUCCCAGUGAAAGGAUUCAGAAUUCCAGCAUGCCAAUUACACUUGGAAGGGAAUACAAAGGCAUAGCUAAGAUAUGGGGGAUAAAAACAAAAAAUAUUACCUGCGUUCUGUCCCACAUCCCUAGGCACAUUUAAAUAACAGAUGUUUUUUAAUAACACUCAAAUGGCCAUUACAUGGUACUAAAACCUGUGUUAUUUAACUGUGCAUAGGGAUUGGGGAUAGAGUGUAUGUAUCUUGUUUUGCAUUGGUUCUAUGUAUUUGGCCUGAUUUACACUAUAGCCAUUGCACUUGCCCAAGAGUAGUGUGUAACGAGAAUAUACCCCUACACGCAGGAUCCAGCUAAACAGAAGCCAAUACAGAGGAGAGAUACGUCUACCGGACCUUAGAAUGGCCGGACUCGACGUAUAUGAGAGGAGACAGAGCCAGGAACAAACCGAGGUCAAGGGCACAGAGAGACAGCGUAAACUAGGACAAGCCGGGGUCUGGUACACGGAAAACAGCAAGCCGGCAAACAGUACAGAUAAGGAUAAAGCGAAAACGAAGUCAGAAUACGAAGCCAAAGUCAAUACGAGAGAACACAACUGAACACCACAAGCGCUAAAGGGAACUGAAACAGAAACCACGAUAGGGCAACGAGCUAAGGGAAAAAGGUAAGUUUAAAUAGCUUUUAAACGAAAGUGAUUGGCUCCUGUCACUUCCACACCCCCUAUAGGUAAUUGUAUAGGGAGUGUGGUAUGACAGGAGCCAAUGGGAGCCUUUUGGCAAUUAGGCUCCCACUGUCUCUUUAAGAGCGCGCCCGAGACUCGCGGCGCGCUCUUAGUUUCAGGCGGGACACGUGACCGCUUCACGCGGUCACUGCCCGCCUUCCAUCUAAAGCAGUCGGAUGAGCCGCAGGACCGCGCGCGGCUUGAAGAGAGGACCGCGACCGGCCCCCGGUUAAGGUAAGUAACGCUACAUAGUGGGAGUUUGAAUAAAGCGCUAAGUUUUGUGCGUAACAUAUGGGGGAUGUUUAAAAAAGUCCAGGAUCUAAAUAAGGGAAACCUAGAGAAACAGUAUGUUAGAACCACUUGUAUAGAUUAUGGAAAAGUAUUAAGUGCCUGGAAUUAUCUUGUAUUUACUAAUAAAUCAGAAGAAUCCUAGCAAGGACAUACUCCCCCAAGAGGAAUCCAAUCACAUUACAGGAACAAAAGCAAAACAGGAAAGAAAGACAGGACCAGAAUCUGCAAAUUUAAAGUACAAAAUGGCAGAUAUCGACUCUGACUUCCCUUUCUUUGGGGCAGCCCUCCUUUUGUCAGCUUUCACUCGUUAUCCUGUGCAAGAAGAAAUCUUGUGUAACAGAGUAAAGAUCAUUAAAAAAUAAGAAAUAAGACACUUUCACGUUGAAAUCCGCAUUUCUUUUGGCAAUUAGGCUCCCACUGUCUCUUUAAGAGCGCGCCCGAGACUCGCGGCACGCUCUUAGUUUCAGGCGGGACACGUGACCGCUUCACGCGGUCACUGCCCGCCUUCCAUCUAAAGCAGUCGGAUGAGCCGCGCGCGGCUCGUGCAGCCGCAGGACCGCACGCGGCUUGAAGAGAGGACCGCGACCGGCCCCCGGUUAAGGUAAGUAACGCUACAGUACCCCCCCCUGAGGACACGCCCUCCGGGCGGGUAGGACCAGGCCUGGCAGGAAAACGAGAAUGGAAAGAGCGCACAAGACGGGGAGCAUGAACAGCAUCAGCCGAAAUCCAACUGUGCUCCUCAGGCCCAUAACCCUUCCAAUGUACCAAGUACUGAAGUCGACCCCUAAGGAAACGAGAGUCAAGAACAGCAGACACUUCAAACUCCUCAUGACCCUCCACCGAGAUAGGAGGGGGAGGAGGAGUAUGCCGGGUAUAGCGGUUGCGUACGUAAGGUUUCAACAAUGAGGUGUGAAAGACAUUAGGAAUACGUAGAUUCUUAGGCAGGCCUAAGGCAUAAGAAACAGGAUUAACCUUAUGUAUAAUACGAUAAGGUCCAAUGAAGCGGGGAGCCAACUUCAUAGAAGGCACCCGGAGACGAAUAUUCCGCGUGGAAAGCAAAACCCUGUCCCCCACAACAUAGGACGGAGCUGCUCUGCGAUGCUUGUCAGCCUGAGCCUUCUGGCGAGUAGCAGAGUCCACCAAAGAACGCUGAACCUGCUCCCAAGUAUUACGCAAACCAGCCAAAUGCUCAUCCAGAACUGGCAUGCCCUGUGAGGAGAAUGCAGCCGGAAGAACAACGGGAUGCUGGCCAUAGACAACGUAAAAAGGGCUCUUGCCGGAAGAAUCAUGAGUGGCGUUAUUCCGAGCAAAUUCAGCCCAAGGAAGCAGGUCAGACCAAUUGUCCUGAUGGUGAGACACAAAACAACGGAGGUAUUGCUCCAGAGACUGGUUGGCACGUUCAGCAGCCCCAUUAGACUGGGGAUGAUAAGCGGAAGAAAAUGAGAGAGAAAUACCCAUUUCUGAACAAAAGGCCCUCCAGAACCUGGAAAUAAAUUGGCUACCCCUAUCGGAUACAAUAGAUACGGGAAUACCAUGUAAUCGAAAUACUUCUCUAGCGAAGAUAUGAGCCAGUUCCUUGGAUGUGGGCAACUUGUGAAGAGACACGAAGUGAGCCAUCUUGGAAAACCGAUCCACUAUCAUCAGGAUUACUGUGUUACCAUUUGAAGGGGGUAAUUCAACAAUAAAAUCCAUGGACAGGUUAGACCAAGGUCUCUCGGGAACGGGUAACGGAUGCAACAGCCCACAAGGAACUCUACGGGAGGAUUUCAUACAGGCACAAGUAGUACAAGCACUUAUAUAGUCAGUGACAUCCUUUCGUAAGGAAUCCCACCAAAAAUACCGAGAAACAGCUGACACCGUUUUGGAAAUACCAGGAUGUCCAGCAGUCUUAGUAUCAUGAUAUAAUGACAUAAUAUCCCGUCUCUCAGGAACAUCAACGAACAGUUUAUCAUUAGGCCUCUCGCUAGGUGCCAUGCUUUGUUUCGCUUGUAUGGCCUGCAAGAGGGACGAGGAAAUAGACAAAAUAGUAGUAGCUAUUAUCCUGUCUGGGGGAAUGACAGGAGUAACAUCAAUCUCCUGUUUGUCAGUAGUUUCGAACUGUCUGGACAGAGCGUCUGCUUUAGUGUUGCGAUCACCUGGCCUAUAGGUGAUAAUAAAAUUGAAACGGGACAAAAAUAGUGACCACCUAGCCUGCCUGGAAGACAAUCUUUUGGCUUCGCUAAGGUAGGAUAGGUUCUUGUGAUCCGUAAAAAUGAGGAUAGGAUCCUUAGUUCCUUCUAACAAAUGUCUCCACUCUUUAAGUGCUAAAAUAAUAGCAAGGAGUUCGCGAUUACCCACAUCAUAAUUUUUCUCUGCUUUGGACAUUUGUUUAGAAAAGAAGCCGCAUGGAUGCAAUGGCUUUUCAGGCGACUCUCUUUGGGAUAAGACAGCACCUACCCCAAUAUCCGAAGCAUCAACUUCAAGAAUAUAGGGCAGUGAGGGGACAGGAUGCUGUAAAAUAGGUGCAGAGGCGAACGUAGUUUUAAGAAAUUCAAAAGCCUGAAGUGCCUCGGUAGACCAAACACGAGUAUUGCCAUCCUUUUUAGUCAUACGGGUAAUAGGUGCUACAAUGGACGAGAAACCUUUGAUAAAACGUCUAUAAUAAUUGGAGAACCCAAGAAAACGCUGAAUAGCUUUCAGACCUUGCGGUAGAGGCCAUUCUAUUACAGCAGCAAGCUUCUGGGGAUCCAUACGAAAACCUUUAGCGGAAAUCAAAUACCCCAAGAACUGGACUUCGGUUUGGUCAAACAGACAUUUUUCUAGCUUGCAAUAAAGACCAUUAGCAAGAAGGGUCUUCAAAACUGUCGUAACAUGUCUGUGAUGAGUGUGUAUAUCUGUAGAAUAUAUUAAAAUGUCGUCCAAGUAUACGAUAACAAAUGUGUGAAUAAAAUCUCUUAAGACAUCAUUAAUAAAUUCUUGGAAUACUGCUGGGGCAUUGCAAAGCCCAAAUGGCAUAACAGUAUAUUCGUAAUGACCGGAUCUAGUGUUGAAUGCAGUCUUCCAUUCGUGAUUUUCCUUUAUACGUAUCAAAUUGUAUGCACUCCUAAGGUCUAAUUUAGUGAACACAGUGGCAUGUUUCAGCCUGUCAAAUAAUUCUGUAAUUAAAGGUAUAGGGUAUGCAUUUUUGAUAGUGAUUUUGUUUAGACCUCUAUAAUCUAUACACGGUCUUAAAUCACCUUCUUUCUUCGAUACAAAGAAGAACCCUGCUCCAGCUGGAGAAGAGGAUCUCCUAAUAAACCCCUUUUCUAGUGAUUCCUUAAUAUACUCCUCCAUGACACGGUUUUCUUGAACCGAUAAGGGGUACACCCUGCCCUUUGGAGGUAUAGUGCCAGGCAACAAGUCAAUAGCACAAUCAUAGGGUCUGUGAGGCGGUAAUUUCUCAGCCUCCCUUUUAUCGAAAACAGUCUUUAGAGAUAAAUACUGAGGGGGUAUAGCCGUAGACAAAGGAGGACUGGUAGGUACCUUAAUAGAAUUCAAAGGUGUGACUUCAAACGUACAAGACUCGUGGCAGGCCUCACUCCAUGAUUUUAUUUGCCCUGUCUCCCAGUCAAAAAUGGGAUUGUGAGCACGUAACCAUGGAUACCCUAAUACUAACUGUGAAGAGGGAGAGGUGAUGACCUGGAAUCGAAUGGUUUCAUAGUGUAAAACCCCUGUGUACAUGUGUAAUGGUACAGUCUCAUGAGUAACAACUGGAGAACUUAAUGGUCUACCAUCUAUGGCCUCAACGGCCAAGGGUAUCUCCUUCUCUCUGAUGGGAAUGUUGUUUCUCUUUAUAAAGCCAGAGUCUAUAAAAUUUUCAGCUGCCCCAGAGUCAACCAGAGCAUAUAUGUUGUCAACUAUACAAAUCUCUCCCAUAUAUAAAGAAACCGGGAGAAGCAAGCGGUUAGGAGGCAAUUUAGGAGACUUAGAUAUCACACCCAAGGCCAGUCCCCUAUAAGGUCUUAGGUGCGAGAGUUUUCCGGGAGUAAAGGACAUUCCUUUACCAUAUGGUCUCUCCUACCACAGUAUAGGCAGAGUCCCUCCCUUCUCCUAUGUAAUUUCUCAGUAUCAGAGAGUUUGGCAACCCCUAAUUGCAUAGGUUCCUCCUCAGACACUUUAACACUCUCUGGUAUAUUAACUCUGGGGUUAAUGGGUGUAACAAAACGUCUAUUCCUGUUCUUGGUAUAGAGCCUGUCACGAAUUCUAUUAUCUAUAUCAAUGAGGUAAUCAAUAAGGUCCUCUAAGGCAAUAGGAAGCUCCUUAGCUGCUACCUCAUCCAAUAUCGUAUCUGACAAACCUUCCAUGAAGGCAGUAGUUAACCCAUUGUUGGUCCAAUCUACCUGCGAAGCAAGAGUGCGAAACUGAAUAGCAUAAUCAGCCACAGACCUAGAACCCUGUUUAAUUCUCAUUAAUGCUCUCGCGGCAUUCUUUGACCUUUUCAUUGUGUCAAAAGUUCUACGAAAAGCCGUAAGAAAACUGUUGAAAUCAUGUACCAUAGGUCCAUUAGCUUCCCAAAUAGGAUUUGCCCACUCAAGUGCCUUAUCGGUAAGUUGGUGCAUAAAGAACCCAACCUUAGACCUCUCUGUGGGAAAUGAACGUGGAUACAUUUCGAAGUGGAAUUCAAUUUGAUUAAUAAACCCUCUGCAAGUCUUAGAGUCCCCUCCAUACCUAGGAGGAGGUGUUAAAUGGGCCGAAGUAUUAGGCAAAGUAGAUACUUCAGGGAGAAGGGGCGUAGGAGGGUUAGGUGUGGUUGCUGGAACGGUUCUAGCUAGGAGCGUCUGGAGAGCCUGGGCUAUCUGAUCCAUACGGUGAUCCUGCUCUACAAAUCUUGCCUCAUGGGACGCCAUCUGUUGAGCUAAAUCUGCGGGGUCCAUGGCCCUAUCGUAAUGUAACGAGAAUAUACCCCUACACGCAGGAUCCAGCUAAACAGAAGCCAAUACAGAGGAGAGAUACGUCUACCGGACCUUAGAAUGGCCGGACUCGACGUAUAUGAGAGGAGACAGAGCCAGGAACAAACCGAGGUCAAGGGCACAGAGAGACAGCGUAAACUAGGACAAGCCGGGGUCUGGUACACGGAAAACAGCAAGCCGGCAAACAGUACAGAUAAGGAUAAAGCGAAAACGAAGUCAGAAUACGAAGCCAAAGUCAAUACGAGAAAACACAACUGAACACCACAAGCGCUAAAGGGAACUGAAACAGAAACCACGAUAGGGCAACGAGCUAAGGGAAAAAGGUAAGUUUAAAUAGCUUUUAAACGAAAGUGAUUGGCUCCUGUCACUUCCACACCCCCAAAAGGUAAUUGUAUAGGGAGUGUGGUAUGACAGGAGCCAAUGGGAGCCUUUUGGCAAUUAGGCUCCCACUGUCUCUUUAAGAGCGCGCCCGAGACUCGCGGCGCGCUCUUAGUUUCAGGCGGGACACGUGACCGCUUCACGCGGUCACUGCCCGCCUUCCAUCUAAAGCAGUCGGAUGAGCCGCAGGACCGCGCGCGGCUUGAAGAGAGGACCGCGACCGGCCCCCGGUUAAGGUAAGUAACGCUACAUAGUGGGAGUUUGAAUAAAGCGCUAAGUUUUGUGCGUAACAUAUGGGGGAUGUUUAAAAAAGUCCAGGAUCUAAAUAAGGGAAACCUAGAGAAACAGUAUGUUAGAACCACUUGUAUAGAUUAUGGAAAAGUAUUAAGUGCCUGGAAUUAUCUUGUAUUUACUAAUAAAUCAGAAGAAUCCUAGCAAGGACAUACUCCCCCAAGAGGAAUCCAAUCACAUUACAGGAACAAAAGCAAAACAGGAAAGAAAGACAGGACCAGAAUCUGCAAAUUUAAAGUACAAAAUGGCAGAUAUCGACUCUGACUUCCCUUUCUUUGGGGCAGCCCUCCUUUUGUCAGCUUUCACUCGUUAUCCUGUGCAAGAAGAAAUCUUGUGUAACAGAGUAAAGAUCAUUAAAAAAUAAGAAAUAAGACACUUUCACGUUGAAAUCCGCAUUUCUCAAUGUUAUUUAAUUAUGUGCAUAUGGGUUAAGGGGCGUGAAUGAUUGCAAAACCUUAUUAACGACAAAUAUAUAUUAAUAACGGCAAAUAAAAUGUUAUUGCAUUUUCUUUGUUACUAUUUAUCAAUUCCCACGAGGUAGUUGGACAGAAUAACUUGUUGAAUCCAUUUUCUGUUAGAAGUGUAAUAAACAGAUUUGGGUUAAUAUAUAUAUAUUUAUUAUUUUUUAUUUUUUUUUAUUCAGAUUUUCAUGUUUGCAUUUUCACUGAAUGCAUGCUGCAUAUGUUACAUUAUGCAUGUGUGUUGCAAUGUUGCAAUAUGCAUCUGUGAUUACCUGCAUUUACAUUGACUUUACAUAUUGCAAGAUAUUCUUUCUGCCUUGGCAGUGUUUCUCCAAAAACCACGGCUGCUAUCUGCUGUCUACCAUCCAUUUAUUUUUUUGCUGUCAUUCUUAGAAUUUAAUGAUUAGACGCUUUAAAUAGAUGUAGACACAUAAAAAUAUACAUCAAACCAUUGGUGAGCCUUUGUAAAUGUGUCAAACAAAACCCCCUUUUCUUUUUGUCCUUAUAAGACGGCGUGUAUCCUAGAUACCACAGUCUGCAAACACCUGAUUGGCUGAUGAAAAAGCCAAUAUCUCAGCAACUACUGCUGUUACAGAAUGCAAGGCUUUUCUCGUAAGGGGAAUUAAAUGCCUCCAUCAUCCUGCUAAGGCUAUAAAGCAUCUAUGGAUUGCUGAUUCCUUGCUGCAUAGCUCUUAAGGGAUAUAAAUCUCUGGUGUUAUCUGCUGAUCCUAGGAAUAAAAGGUAAUGGUCGUGGCACAUGUGCAGUGCCUCGGUGAAGACUAUGCAAAGCAGAUAGCUUUCUCUUUCUGACAGCUGCAGGACAACUCUAUUGUGUGCAGAUUGUGCAGCUAAAGAGAUCAUUCAGCGUUUUCUCACGGAGACCUGCUUGCUCAGGCCAAGACAUGGCUAAGGGAUCGGAUCGAGCCAAGCAAAAAUUGAGCACGCUUCAUACUAUCCUCCGAUGCAACAUGAAUCCUGAGACCCAACGUGUGGUUGUCUUUGUCAUUUUGCUGUUUCUCAUCUUUAUCAACGUUGUACUGAUGUUCCUCCUGGCAUUUUCCUGAUCCUGAGGCGCCUUGGAAUGUGUGUCCGGAACUGGGCUCCGGAAAAGCAGGACAGGCUGUGCCAUCGUUCAGUUCGAGGUUUUGCCUCUGGCCACCUUGUGACAAUGUGUCUGGCCCCAAAAUAUUGCAGCCUCCACUUGUGCCUUGCAGACUUGCCAUUCCAAACACGGACAGACUUUAUUACAUAACAACUGUGGAUCUCCUCGUCUCCUGCACAACCUUAUUUUCUUACAUUUAUGUUGUGUUUUUUAAGAUUACUAAUAUUAUUUUAAAAAAAAAUGUGAUGAGGAAUUGGAAAAACACAACUGAAGAUCCUUGGAAACACUGUCUUAUAAUUGUUUUGCCUCGGAAUUUAGAACCAUUGCUGUGAACAUUGUGGCUGUGGAUUGUGGAAUCUCAGUCACAUUCAGUCUUCAGGUAUUCUGUGUGUAUGAAGAACAGUGAUCCAUUCUCUCACCAAGAGCUGAAUUACUCACUCCAUGGCUUUAAUUUUAAUCUCUCUGUGUCUUUGUUUAUGUAUCGUAAUCUCAUACAUAAAAUGCUAUAGUUACUGUGAAAGCACCUUUUUAAAAUGUUUCAUUUUUCAUUUUUUUAUUUAUUUUUUGUUUACGUUCUUAAUAUUCACAGUUUUUGUGGUUAUUACGUGCCUCAUACCCAAUGCAUUUGACAUCCCAUCCAUUAUUGUUGUUUCCAGAUGUGUUGCUGUGGCCCAUAGCUGUUGUACAAAAUGCACAUCUGCAUGGAUUUUGUUUCGUGCAGUAAAAUGCAGCUUGGUAGAACCUUGUCGAGGCUUCCUGAAGCUACCACUGAUCUCGUGAUCACUGGGCAGUUAUCCCAUACAACGUUAGUAUUCAGAGACAAAAUAAAAAAUCCCAAUGGUAAAUUACAAGCAAAAGAGAAAAAGUCUUAUCUCAGCGGGAAAAGGAACAUUUUAAUGUUGCCAGGCUUAUUUAUUAGACAUGAGAUGAGGCCCAGCUGUCUGCUUUAAGGAUGAUAAAUUAAUAUAGUCCAUGGGGAUACGCAUAUAUCAGCGUAGCUGUCCCUCAGUUAAUGCUUGGAUGGGCAUUAUAUCCUGUAGCUAUUACGUUGCAUGUAUUAUCAAUUUAUUUUUUUAUUCUCUGGCAGUUGGAAUUUUAGGAACGACUGCAUGGCCCUUUUUGGUUAUGAUGCACCCCAGCAAACACAAAGCCUGAUAUUUCUUAUUUGAUACCUUAUGCAGUAUGAACUGAUGAAAGAUAAAUGUGUAUAUUAUUAACCGUUUGAGUCCCUUGUGGAGUGAACAAAGCAUUGCAGUCCAAAGCAAUGCAGUGCUCCUCCAGCUGCCUUUCGAAGAGUUAAACAUUUGUGAUGCAAAUUCUUCCAAAGCAACAGCUUUAACCCCGCAAGUGCCAUUGAGGAGAGCAGUACAUUGCGUUGCGAGGCUUUGUACAGCCUUUGGGUACUCAAAAGGUGAGCACCAGAACUGCCUUGACACAUGGGAUUAUAUGUAAUGUGCACAAGUGGGGAGAGUUUCACAGAUAAAUUACCCAGAGUAAAAAAAUAUUAAAAAAUAUAUAUAUAUAAAGCUCAAAAGUAUUGGUUACAUUUUUAGCAGAGACCUGUUUAUAUCCAUGAAUUUAUACUUAUUAGCGCUUUAAUAAAAAAUUAAAUAAAAAAAAACCUCUCAUUUGCACAAUAUUUAAAGAGACAACUGAGUUUUAACCCUUUGAGUUCUCAGAAUACAAAUAAAAAUGUUUUAAACGAACAAAAAAAGCCCUUUUGAGUGCUAAAAUAAAGACCCUAAUGCCAAGCCAAGUUAAGCCCCUGGUGUUUAAAUCAGCUGAUUCCUGUAUCAAUGAUACUUUUACUCCAACACUUAAAAACACACUACUAAUCCAGAGAGAUACAACAAAUACCUUUGGCACUUAAUAGAUCCGCAUUAAUAUUUAAUGAUACAGUGAAAAUCUUCCCUUAUAGCGAGAUCAUUUCCUGGUUGGCUGCCAAACAACGGUCAGUAUGGAGACCACAUGUGUAUCUGUUUUAUAUGAACCAGUCACUGCUUAUGUUCUAAACCUGAUUUAUUUGUGCCAAAAACAAAAUCUAUCACUUUGUUGAUCAUUGUGUAUUGUUUGUGUUUUAUUUACGCCUUGGUUUGUUUGCUUAAAUUCUCAAUAUGCACUUUCCAGAAAUAAAUUUUUUUGUAUACACUAAAAUCAUGUUUUAUUAAGGUGUGCAAACUGUUCAGACAAUGGAUGAAAAAAAGAAAAGAAACCAAUAACGAGCUUCUAACCUGUCUCUUGGGCACAGAUCAUAAUGUAUUGUCUGCAAUUAGUGAUGUCCCGAACGGUUCGCCGAACGGUUCGCCACGGACGGCGAACAUAUGCGCUGUUCGGUCUGCCCCCUAUGUCAUCAUUGAGUAAACUUUGACCCUGUACCUCACAGUCAGCAGACACAUUCCAGCCAAUCAGCAGCAGACCCUCCCUCCCAGACACUCCCACCUACUGGACAGCUCACUAAGAAUGCAGCUUCACAAUGAAUGUAAAAUGGAUACUGUCCAGGAGGUGAGAGGGUCUGGGAGGGAGGGUCUGCUGCUGAUUGGCUGGAAUGUGUCUGCUGACUGUGAGGUACAGGGUCAAAGUUUACUCAAUGAUGACAUAGGGGGCGGACCGAACAGUGCAUAUGCUCGCCGUCCGCGGUGAACCGUUCGGGACAUCACUAUCUGCAAUUCAAAGUGAAUUUAAAAAUGUAGCUGAACUAAAAACCGAUUCACCAAUUUUGUCCUGAAAUUGGAAAUUCACUUUGAAUUCUUAAUAGUUUGCCCUUGCUUGACUAGCAAAUACAAUUCUCAUUAAACUUCUGAUAGUUCUGUGUAGAUCCACACAAAUUGCAGUCUCCCUAGCUACAGUUACUUUAAAGGGACACUCAAGACUCCUGAAACACUUCAGUUUGCUGAAGUGCUUUAUGUAUGAAGAGUGUUUCCUCUUUAAAAUUUUACAUAAAGUGCAGAUUUCAAUAGAAAUUAACACGUCUAAUAAUUAACCUGGGUACACCCCCUGGCUUUCAAGCAGAUAACAGGUCCUUUUUGUUUCCUGGUUUGGUUUGGUUUGCUCGGUGGAGCAAUUGCCCAGAGCACCUGCUUUGCACAGAUUUCUCACUGAGCUGCAUUGGGAAUUCUGUGAUUGAAUAGCGACAGAAAGUCGUGGAAUUUCUCUAGCAGAAAUGGUGGAAUUUCUCUAGCUAAAAGAAAAAAAUAAUGAUUUAUGAUUUUGAGGUAUAAAAUAUUAUUUCUUCAUGAUACACAUUAAAUAAAUAAAAUAAAUGAGCAGCCUGGUGAAUGGUACCUGCUGUUAUAGUGGUGCCGGUUACUAUGUGGCUGGGGUGCUGGGCACAGGCCUGCAACGGAGGCCUAUAACUCUGAAGUAAGGCAGGCACCACAUCAAACAUUGGGUGUCUGUCUUACAUUAGUGUGCAGGGGAGAGCUGGAGAACCAUGUCCAUGUCUGCCAUUAGUGUGCAGGGGAGAGCUGGAGAACCAUGUCUGUGUCUGCCAUUGGUGUGCAGGGGAGAGCUGAAAAACCAUGUCCGUGUCUGCUAUUAGUGUGCAGGGGAGAGCUGGAGAACCAUGUCCGUGUCUGCUAUUAGUGUGCAGGGGAGAGCUGGAGAACCAUGUCCGUGUCUGCUAUUAGUGUGCAGGGGAGAGCUGGAGAACCAUGUCCGUGUCUGCCAUUAGUGUACAGGGAAGAGCUGAAGUACCACGUCCGUGUCUGCCAUUAGUGUGCAGGGAAGUGCUGAAGUAUCAUGUCCGUGUUUGCCAUUAGUGUGCAGGGGAGAGCUGGAGAACCAUGUCUGUGUCUGCCAUUGGUGUGCAGGGGAGAGCUGGAGGGAGAGCUGGAGAACCAUGUCUGUGUCUGCCAUUAGUGUGCAGGGGAGAGCUGGAGAACCAUGUCCGUGUCUGCCAUUAGUGUGCAGGGGAGAGCUGAAGAACCAUGUCUGUGUCUGCCUGAAUUACAAAGGGAGAGAGCAAGCCAGCAGGGGGGAAUCCUAGUGCCGGCUGACCAAGCUCACAGUCCCAGUAAUGGCAGCAGACAUGGCUGUAACAUGAGGUUUCUGCCACCAAUAUGUCUCUCUUUGCUUUCCCCAGCCGACUCCAGGGUCCUGGGGUGGAGGGAGCUGGAAAGGAGCUAAAGCUGUGCUGGGGGUGAAAGGAGCAGUGGAGCUGUGUUGGAGUUCUGGGAGUAGAAGGUGCUGAAAGGGAAGGACCUGUGCUAGGUUCCUGGGGGAAAGGAGCUUGGAGGGAACAAGCUGGAGCUUUUCUGGGAUCCUGGGGAGUGAGCUGGAGCUGUGCUUGGUUCCUGGGGGGAAGGAGCUUGUAGGGAACGAGAUGGAGCUUUUCUAGGAUCCUGCGGGGAAUUAGCUGGAGCUGUGUUUGGUUCUGGGGGGGAAGGAGCUGGGGCUGUGCUGGGUUCCUGGGGGAAAGGAGCUUGUAGGGAACGAGAUGGAGCUUUUCUGGGAUCCUGCGGGGAAUGAGCUCGAGCUGUGCUUGGUUCCUGGGGGGAAGGAGCUGGGGCUGUGUUGGGAUUCUGGGGGGAAGGAGCUUGGAGGGAAUGAGCUGGAGCUUUUCUGGGAUCCUGUGGGGAAUGAGCUGGAGCUGUGUUGGGUUCAGGGGGGGAAGGAGCUUGGAGUGAAUGAGCUGGAGCUGUGCUGGGUUCCUGGGGGAAAGGAGCUUGGAGGGAAUGAGAUGGAGCUUUUCUGUGAUCCUGCGGGGGAAUGAGCUCGAGCUGUGCUUGGUUCCUGGGGGGAAGAGUUGGGGAGCUUGGAGCAGACAUAAACGUUUAGGCAUAUAAAUACAUCAGGCUAAGUGGAGUUCUAAAGCCACCCCCUGGUGCAAACCACCAAUCAGAGCCCAGGAGGCAGGCUAGUAGUCUGGCCUAUCUUGUAAGGGUUAUUUUUGUCCUGCCUAGUAAAUAAUAGUGGCUGUGACGGUGAAGUAGAACACUUCCCAUAGAGUGUAAUCAGAUUUUUGGGAUGUUGCCCAACAAUCUGAUAUGGCUUCUUUUUUUACUGUACCUAGCAACCGCAGAGGGGAAAAACAAGGAGUACUGCAGUACUAAUAUUUAAAGGGACAGAACUCAUUUUAUCACACAGACACAUAUUCAAGGUUUAAGUUUACACAAAACAAUGAAAACCCAACCGAAAAAAAGAAUUAUGAAGUUUAUUUAUUUUAUUUUGAAAAAAAAAAUUUGUUAUCGCAAGAAAUACUGAUGAGGAGCUGCCCCUAUCGACGAACCUCCGCUGACACCGCCAAUGAAACAAUGCAUAAUUAAAUUAAUACAUGUUAACAGUAGGGGAAUAUCUACUAAACAGAUUUUUUUUUUUUUUUUUUUUUUUUAUAAUAUCUAUUAUUCUUCUUCAAGUUGAGUCUUUAUGUGGAGAAGUCUUUUUGUUUCUUGAUUCUUUAUUUAUACUUGAGCAGUAGACAAUGCAGUAUACAAUAACCGUGGAUAGAGCAUGUGCAUAUCAACAUUUGGUGACAUUAUGAUAUUAGCUACAGAGGGUUGAGUAAUAACAGUGCAGUUACACAGGAUACAGGAAAAAUACAAAUCUGUUUGUAGAGUAAAGGGAAAAAAAAAACACAAAAUGUAUUGUAAAUACAUUCAAGUCAGUGAUAUUGCAUUUGAACUUGUAUGCAUUUGUUGCGAGGCUAUGCCGCUAGACCCUUCUGCUGAAUACAUGGUGGUUGUCUUAGUGUGUCAUAUUUAGGAGAUCCACUCCUCAAUUAAUUUUUGUUCCAUUCUGGGGUUAUGCCCAUCCGGACUUUAGGAGAGUGAGACAGAAGAAAAAGAGAGGAACAGAUGAUAGAAUGAGAAAUUAUGAAGAAGAAGAGAAAAUCAUAAGAAAGAAAGGGGUUCCCCACGAAAAAGAGGUAAGGGAUAGCACCCAGGCAUCCCCCACCCAGGUACAGUCGGACCUAUUUAGCUAGUCUAAGUUGACACGUUGAGGAAAGACUCCCAUGGCUCCCAUACCUUGGUGAAUGUUUUUAAGCGUCCCUUACUUGGGCAGUCAACUUGUCCAUUAAAUAAGAAUCUUUAAGUUUUAAUAGCACCAUGUCAACGGAUGGUAACUCAGACUUGGGCCAAGUUUGACCUAUUUUCCUUCCUUCUAGCCAGGGAAAUUUUUUUGAUCAGUUUAUGAUUUGAUGUUGUCCAUCCAUCGAGUGGUCUAGAUAGUAAGAAUACCCAUGGGCCAGCUAUCGUUUGUUAUUAAUUUGUUAAUUUUCCCCCAGAGUGUUUGGACCCAGGGGCAUUCCCACCACAUACCGGUAUGUCCGUACGUGCCUCUAUAUCCGCAUAGUCUCCAGCAUUGGUCAGUCUGGGUUUUAUGCAUGUGAUAGAGCUUGACCGGGGUGGUAUACCACCCGAACAUCAUUUUAUACGAUUGUUCUUUCAUCGUAACACAUAUUGAAGUUUGUCCUUUGACCUCCAAGAAAAGUCCUGCCUUUUUUACAUUGAAUUUAAUUCAGUGGUUAUGGUGAAGAAUAAAUAAUGUAAAAUAAAUCUCCUUGGUUGACAUAAUCCAUUAAUCUCAGGUAUUAUACACAUUGUAGGGUAUUCUGCAGUAUGUGGGUUGGCCAUAUCCUCCCUUCAACAAACAAUGCUUAAAACAUUCAUAAAACACUUCACGAAGGGCAAAUGUAAUAUUAAGACAUUCCUGUAACACGUUUCCACGAGUCUUGUGGCAACAGGAAAGCGUGGACUUCCCAGUAAAUAGUUUUUUUUUUUUUAAAUAUGUAUUUUUAGGGGGAGGGUAAGGGAUAAAAGCAUUUCUGUAAGCUCUCUCGGAUCUCCUUUAGUUUAUUUUCUAUAACUAGCCUCUUCCAGUAGUGUGCUGCUUACAGACCUCAGAGUGGAAACCUCUCUGUGAAUUGUGUAAAGUAUUCAAAAGCUUUUCAGAAUACAUACAUUGAUUGUUUGUACCCUAUUGGCCUUGGUGUAUCCUCCAUCCUCUAAUGUUUUUUCCACAUGCACCUAUCCCCUUUUUCUAUUUGGUCAUCUUUUUUUGUGAAAUUCCUUCUAGUAUAUGUAGUGUUCAGGGUUUACGGACCUCCCUAUGUCCUUUCACCUACGGCACCGGCUUCUGGUCUGCACCUUUGUCGGGUGCAGGCUUGGCAUAUCCUUCUAGCUCAGUGGAGGUUGAUCCAUAGAGGCAGGUGGCGUGGCAGCCUCAAAAAUAUAUAUAAAUCAAAUAUAUGGGCACUGUAAGGACAACUGAUAAGUCUGUGUUAGAAAAAAAACAUGUGUCUGUCAUGAUUUGAUCUGCAGUUUACAUGCACCUCUUUAUUGAUGACUGAAGAUGCAGCUGGUUAUGGACAGGGCAUUGGAUCUCAUGGGGAUAAAUGGGUAGAAGCCAAAAAGACAGGAGGUACAACACCCAACGAUUUCUUAACUUCACCAGCCACCACUGCUCUCAAGUGCAUUUGAACUAUCACCAAUAGUAUCAUAGUGUUGACAUGGUAACCUGUGACAACGCUCUGACACUAUCAGAUACCCACGAAUAAAUGUUUUUAAACAUUAGAACCAGGACAUUGCUAGGCUUUACGAACAGCUGGGGCUUGAGUCUGAAAGACAAUUUGUUGACCCCUACACCAAGAGAGAGGUGGGCAUAUGUCUACAUUAUGUCCCUUCCUCUGUAUCAAUGAACAACAUGCGGCUAAUGCUAAAGGAUCUCAACGAAGGCUUAGCCAGUACAUGCACAUGGUGCACAGCCAUGUAUUCAGUGAGAUCUUGACACACUACCUAACUAAUAGCAUGGUGUGCAGCAGAGUUCCGUUAACCAGUACCCCCUAUUAGCAGUCUAUGAGGGGGGGCACUACUUAUUUCCCCUAAGCAGUUUGGUGAUGCUCUGUACUACUGAUGUUUCUUUUCAUUACAGAUGUAGCUGUCUAAUGUAAAGUGGAAAAUAUAUAUUUUUAAAAACGCUAAUAUCCUCCAGCCCCUCCACCAGCUGUAGAGAUACAGGGCUAAAGAGCCCCACAUCUUGGGCGUCACCCACAAACUUCUCGUCCCCCUCUAUGAUUAGAAUAUAUUUAAUGCCAUAAGAAUAGCUAAAUUCACAAGCUAACAGAAAGCAAUAUUUUUGGAUUGCCCACAAGUUUUAUAAAGUCAUGUACUUUAUACAGCACUAUAGGGUAUACAGCAGUGCAUAGAAUGAAGAAUAAAACACACUAUAAAUUGUCACAUUUUAAUUCAAAGGAUUGCAAUGUUUUUUGUUGUGUUCUUCUGCUCCGUAUUAUAUGGUUAUAUUAUAUAAUACAUAUAUAUAUAUAAAACAAAAAUAAUAAUGCACUCCACCUUCCUUGAUGUACUUGCCCGGUGCUUAUCAGCAAACAGAUACAGCCAAAAGUACAAGAUAGCACUCCAGGGACUUCCAAGUUGAAUGAAUAAAACUUAGCUUUUAUUAGCUCAAAAUAAAAAUCAACGUUUCAGUCUGUAUCACAGACUUUCAUCAGAAUAAAAGCUAAGUUUUAUUCAAUCAAUUUCAUGCAAGAUUUGCAAAGUAGCUCUUGACGUGUGAAAUCCUGGGUACUGAAACCUACCAGGGGGUUCCAAUGCUGUGUAAUUUUUUUAGUCUUUCAAUGUUCUGAAAUUUUACAGUGUGAAAUAGCCUAACCACCAAAGCAAAACAAUACUAGUCUUUUCUUAUCUGAAAAAGCUCUUACUAAUGGAUAUAUGUAUGUAAAAUAUCACAUUCCUCGAUUUAGCUUUACACUUUCUGGAUACGUGUAUGCAGGAAAGAGAGGAGUCGUUCUGGGAGCAGUUUAUGCAAUGCAAUGCACCAUAUUCUGAGACAUUCUUGGGCAAAAUCCUAGACAUAAGGAUGUGAAAUGCUCAAAGUCCAUUUACUUCCCACCUCCUGCUGAUGAAUGUUCAAGAGCCUAAAUGUUCCAUGUAUGGCUUUGGAUAUUAUAAAAUUAUUUUGCAUAUACUGGAAGUUCGUAUUUUUACAGUAAGUAUUGUUGAAGAUGCCCAUUAAUUUAUUGUUAUUAACUAACCUGGAAAUUAACGAACUAUUCAGCUGGAAGUUGGUUUAUCAAUAUGCGCACAUUAUACUGACAUGCAGAGUGCCUGCCAGUUGGACAUGGUUCAAACCUGCCUCGAUUGGAUGACUCUAUAUUAAAAGCUAGCAAACAUAUAUUAAGACGUUUAGAACUUGCUCUAGCUCUGCUUGCGAGACUGAAUAACCCCAAACAUGUAUUUUAACCUACCAUCUUUAUUUUUUUUUGUUACUCAGCACAGUAUGCUGCAGCCGAUAUACACAAGGUAUACAUUAUUUGUGUGCUGUCAGUGUGUUUUGUUUUAUUUUUUUACAGACAUAUAUGGAAAUACAUAGAGCAUGGAUUAGAAUAGGCAAAAAAAAGCAGUAGUAAAAAUGAAAGAUGACAUAUUGGGGAGUUUGGGCACAGCCAAGGAAGGUAGCUGUAUUUUUUUUAUAAACUCCUGAGCACAAGAUCUUAUCUGUAGCUAUCCAACUCUUUCCUGGACACAAAGUAUCAUAAGUCAAAUAUUUAUUACCCUUCUCGGCUUCCCUGCUGCAAUUAUCUUCCCACUCUAGAAAUCUGGAGUGGAAGACCAUGGGUUCUUCCAUCAGCUUCCAAUGAGAAUGCAGCUGGUGUAACCAUCUCACAUACUGUAUUCUGCAAUGUCUGUGUGGAUACUAGGCUAUCAUUUGUGACCCUACCGUGCCAGCAUUGAGUGAUCAGGAAACUGAGGAAGGACAGUGCAGAGGGACAGUUUUGGCUGUGGUUGACACUUACCAUCAUACAUAUUUAUGACGGGUACUUUUUCCCACAUCCAACAUAUACAACGUUAAGUAUAAGAGGUAAGAUAAAUAGAAUAUAAGGCUAAUAUAAUAAAAUAAACAAAUAUAAAAGAGGUGCUCCUAUCACCUUAUGUGCGUCACUCAAAACACAUACAAAUAACCAGUAUACAAUAAAAGAUAGGUGAGGGCACACUACAUAAAAUAACACUUAUGAUUACCCUUGAAUGUAAAAUAUACUCCGUGCUUGAUUCACUCCUGCAUAUAAAAUAUAAAAACAGGAAAAAACACACAUAGGGUAAUAACGUAAAAACCUUAGAAUUUUAAAAAACAAAUAAGGUUUCAUUCACAUGGUCAUGAGCCACUUAAAAUAAGCUGGCUCAGACUAAAAGCGUAGAAAAUAUCCGUCUGUGGUACUUUACACACCAGACUGUUCCCCCUUCGUGGUCUUAUUAGUAAUUAUUUUAAAUAGGGAGAUGGACUUUUACUAUAUUGUACCGAGUGUUUUGUUUUUACCCCAAAGUUAUAGUGUGUCCAAUAAAGUUUUAUUUUAUUCUUUGCGUCCUGGAAUACUUUAAGUUACUAAUAAGACCACGAAGGGGGCACAGCCUGGUGUGUAAAGUACCACAGACGGAUAUUUUCUACGCUUUUAGUCUGAGCCAGCUUAUUUUAAGUGGCUCAUGACCAUGUGAGUGAAACCUUAUUGGUUUUUUAAAAUUCUAAGGUUUUUACGUUAUUACCCUAUGUGUGUUUUUUCCUGUUUUUAUAUUUUAUAUGCAGGAGUGAAUCAAGCACAGAAUAUUUUUUACAUUCUAGGGUAAUCAUAAGUGUUUUUUGUUUUAUGUAGUGUGCCCUCACCUAUCUUUUAUUGAAUACUGGUUAAGUAUAAGAGCCCUACUUCUCUUCUGUUCACCUGUACUAUUUUUAUAUUGGUGCAUUGUCUAACUGCUUCUUGCGAUUUAUGCACUACGAAUUUGCUUGGCAUUUGGUAAUCUGACCCAACUCUCGAGUUGCUUUACAAAUACUCUGCCGAGCUACCAGUCAGUGCAGACAGAUUAUGGUUGUCUCUGAGCCAGCCCACUGAUUGCACUCGGACAUCUGAAACCACAGCUAUAGUGGCAGUAUCAGGAGACAUAGUGGUUGUUCAUCCUCCUUUUGUAGACUUCUCUAUAGCCAUCCAGCACCUUAUAAAGGAUAGCAAGUGGAUGUACUAGCCUAUUCAUAGACAUAAGCUCUCCUAGUAGUUCUUAGUAUUACAUGUUGGAAGCUAUAAUAGGAGCUUCCUUUUUCCCCAGUUGUGUUAGAUGGGCAUCCCAAUGGAGAGGUCGGGUGUUAGCUGGCUACUUAAAGGACCACUAUAGUGCCAGGAAAACAAACUCGUUUUCCUUCUCACUGUGAUUUUCACAGUGAGAAGACGCCAGCAUCCAUAGGAAAGCAUAGAGAAUCUAAGGAUUGCUUGGGGAAGUGCACCUCAAUCUUUUCACAAAAUAGACACAAUAUUUAGUGGGUAAAACCCAUCCACUGUCACAGAUAGCUGCAGUAUCCACACUACCAGUGAAUGUGUAUAGUGGCAAGAAAAGUGAACUUUUUAGAAAUGACUUAAUUUCUGUAUGAAUUUAUCAUAAAAUCUGGCUGAAUGUUCAUCUAAGUUACAGUAAUCAACAAACACAAUCUGUUUUUACUACUAACACGCAAAUUAUUGUAUCGUUCUUGUACAUAUUGAAUAUAAUAUUCAAAUAUUCACAAUAUAGGUUAGAAAAAGUAUGUGAAACCAUAGGUUGAGUUAAACAAAAGUUAAUUAGAGUUUGAAACUGGAAACCUGGUGUCCAAUUAAUGAAGUAAGAUUGGUGGUGUGGGUUAGAGCUACUUUGACUUAUAAAAAGCAUUCAAAUGUGUUGAAUUUGGUAUUUACAAAAAGUGUCUUUUGAUGUGAACCAUGCCUCACAAAAUAGGGCUCUCAGAAGACCUGUGACCAAGUAUUGUGCUGCAUAAAGCUAGAAAGUGUUACAACGUUAUCUCAAAGACCCUAAAUAUUCAUCUGUCCACUGUUAUACAACCUGUCUGUAAAUGGAAACAUUUUAGUACUAUGGCUACUAUCCCUAGAAGUGGCUGUCCAGCCAACAUGACUGACAUGGCACAUCUCACUUGAAGAAAUCAUUGAAACUAACUUCUCUGUUCAUGAGUCUACUAUAAGGAAAACAUUGAUCAGGCAUGAUGUUCCUAGCAGGACACCCCAAAGAAAGUCCCCCCUGUAAUGGAGCUCCCUGUACCCUGACUAGGUACCUUCACCAAAGGACCACUUCCUAGCUGGAACAGGGAACAAACCGCAGCACUUCUGCCCACAGUCGCCGUGGCUUGACUGGGGCCCUGUAACCGCUCCCUCCUGGAGCCGAAUGAGGAAUUCGCUCUAGACACCCCCAGGCACUGAACAACACUCAGUCCUGGGAGCUCUAGUCCUUACAAGGACUUUCUAUGUUGAAUCCUCCACACUGGAACAGUGAUUAAAGAAUAGCCCUUUUCCCUCCAAGUAAUCAGACGACACAUAGUUCUAGGAGUACAAGCUGGAAUAAUUUAAUGGCAGCCACAACUGGCCUUAUAUGCAUGUCCCCAUGCAAGGGGCACCCCCCUGGACCUGAGAGUAAACCACAGUAGAAACAAAUACACAAUUACAUUGGUUCUCAGGCCCAGGACACUCCCAUACAAAAUCAGAUAAUCCCUCCUCUGUGCCUGGGAGAUAAUUGGAUCAGGAACUGUCCUAAUCUAAUCCAAUUAUCUCCAAGCAUGGAACUGUGUCCGUUUUCAAUUCCAUGAGAUUCAUUCCCAAAUAUCACUGCCUGCUUUCAUGCGAACAAGAUGGCCACCACCUCGUGGUCUUCUAUAGGAAUUGCAGCCACCCAGACGAACACUUAGAACACUGAGGUGUUACAAAGUAGCAAUUAGGCUUAACAAGCUCCAAGGUGGUCUCCGGUUCGUGCUGCUGUUCGGUUACUGAACCAUAUAAUCUAAAUACACGAACUGAGACUUUUAUAUCACAUUUUACAAGAUCCACAGUCUGUGGGCAGGAGGCAGACAAGCCGGCUCCCCCCACUCCCUGGCAUGCAAUUACACCCUCCACCCCCAAGGCAAUGGCGGAACUAAAGUAGAAAAAGCCCUGGUGCAAGAAUUUUUUUGGCCCCCCCCCCCCAAUCUCAAGGGUGGGCAAAAGGUAAAUCCCUAUCAGUUGUGCAACUUCAAUAAUUCUUUGACAGCUGGGGCUCUACCAUUUUCCCAUGCUUGCAUGAUUGUAUGUAGCACUGAGCCGUGUACACAGACACAGAUACAUACACUAAUAGACAUACUGACACACACAGACAAACAUACUGACACACACAGGCACAUAUAAUGAUAGACAUACUGACACACACACAGACACAUAUACUGACAGACAUACUGACACACACAGGCACAUAUACUGACAUACACAGACACAUAUACUGACAGACAUACUGACACACACAGGCACAUAUACUGACAGACAUACUGACACACACAGACACAUACACUGAAAGGCAUAGUGACACAUAUAGAUACAUAAACUGAUAGACAAACUGACACAGCUACAUACACUGACAAACAUACUGACACACACAGACAGGCAUACUGACACAUACACCGUUAAGAAUACUGAGGCACACAGAUACAUACACUGGCAGACAUACUCACACACAAGGACAGAGAAACUGACACACACACAAACAGACAUACUGACACAUACACUGACAGGCAUACUGACACAGAUACAUACACUGACAGGUAUAGUGACACACACAGAUAUGCUGACACACACAUACAAUUUUCAUUUUUAAACCCACCCUCCAGUUUCCUACCUUUUGCUGAAGGGUGGCUUCCUUGGGGUUCAGUGUGGUGUCAGUGUGGUGCCUUCCUCCUCACUGCCUGCUCCUCCCUCCUGCGCAGUUUAUCUCUCUGUGGGAGGAAGUUACUCACAGCAGUCACUUCCUCCCAGCUGGCUGCUGAAAAGCAUGGGGCCCGGUCGCGCUGUUAAAGCCCACCAUGUGGCUCUAGGUACAUGGGCCACCCGGUGGGCCUCCUUAGUGUACAGGCUGCCGCUGCACCGACGGGCACAUGGGGAGGGAUAAAUAGAUCAGGGCAGCGGGCCUAUGGGGCAGCUGCUUUGGGCCCUCCAGUAGUAACUGGGCCCGGGGCAGCUCCCCCUUCCCCUCCUUGAUCAGCCAGAUGGUCACCCACUGUCAUUACAUAUAUCUUUCUAGUACUGCAUAACUUUGUAAGUGUUGAUUACCUACAUCUGUCCCCAGAGGCGGUUCUUUAUCUACUUCACUAUAUUUUGUGUUUUUUUAUGUUUUUAUUUAAUCUUGUUCUUUUUGCAUGAUUAUAUUUUGUGUGUGUUACUGCCAGCUAGAGUAGAACAUGAAGGCUAACUGGAGGAGAGCCCAAAGUUAUAAUCAUGUCAUGCUAAAUUUAUAUAAAUCGGUGUAUUUACACAUAAAACAGAAUCUGGGACUAUAUAACUUGUCUCCCCUGUGUAGGACGGGUAGGUUUCCAUAGUGCUGUGGGUGGUGGUGUUCCUAUGCACAUUGCCAGAAUAUACCAGGAGUUUCUCUUUUAUGACUUGAUCAUAAACAACAACAUCUGCCCAAUUUAUUAUUUUGAUGAUAACCAUGUAAUAAGCAAUAAUUUAUGGGCCAGGUUUGGACACUGUAAAGCAAUAGAGAUGACCUACAUUGUAUGAUAAGAACAGUGCCAUUUCAUAACAGCAACCGUUUUCUGGACGUGGUUCAGUUCCAAUGAAUACUGAUAUCCAGAGGACGGGACAACAGAGCUAUUGAACUGAAAAAAUGUGUAUUAUUUAACAUCACACUCUACAAUUACAUAACAAGCGACGGAUGUGCGCCAAAUGGGCCUCCUUUAAUAUUGCUGUUUUACAGCAGGAUAAAGAUGGCAGCGGCCAAGAGGGAUAGCCUGAGGUAAAUAAAACUUACCUCUCUGGACUCCGCGACCACCGGACUCACAUUGGAUCUGUCAGUUUGCAAAAUAUGCAAAGACAGACGAAAGUGACAGCUCCAAUUAAAGAUCCAACAGGGCCUUCCCUUCAUUCUUCACAUAAGGAUGGUGAAUGGGGCCAAGUAAACCUAUGGUUCCUGGGAACUUGUCUAAUCCAUGGACCAUAGGCAGCCUCUCAGGGUCACCUUAUGGUCACCUCUGCUCUGGGCCAAACCCUUUGACAGUUUUGAAUAGAGUAAUCUAGUGCUCUUUUCCAUAUCUCUCAACAUUUUACAUUUAAAACCUGGAGCUCUUACAUUUUAUGGGUGUGAGUGGGGGUGUGGCCAGAGUCAGGGCUGUUUCGAGUAAUUUCAAGUGACUUACUAAUGACAAUUUAUGCAACUAAAAUGUAAUUUAGAAAAAGAAUUAUGUGACUUAUUUACACUGACUAAUUUCUAAACACAUUUAUUGUAGUUUAAAAACACCCUUACUGUGAAUAGUAUUACUGUAUUUGCAGUUAUAAAUUCAGAUACACCAAGAAUGCUGAGCUUCAACAAAAGAGGGGCAUUAGGACAUAAUAGAGGGGCAGAGGGAUUAUGGCCCAAAAUAUGGUCUAUUCCCCAAAAUAGAGACUCUUGGAAGGUAUGCUCUAGAGUAGUAAAAGAGUGUGUUGGGCAGUGACCGCUGUGUAUGAUGAUAUAUUUGUAUGUGUAUAAACAAAUCCUCAUUCAUCUCUCCGCAGUGACAAUAUUCAGUGCCUUCCACACCCAUUUACUCCAGGCAGUCCACCUGUAAUUUAUAAAUAGGCCCUUUUGUGACAUGGAACACAACAGUGCCUGGUUGUAAUGAUACAAAUCAUACGAAAAGAUACAUAUAUACGAAAACUCCAUUUUCACAUUAAUGCUUAAUGUUUUGUUAUAACAUUCAUAUAAUCUCCGAUAAGCAGUGAAAGGUCUUCUGUUACCAUGGGUAUAAGAUGCAAUAUAAGUCCUAACAAGGCAGCGUGAGGGCCAGGAAUGAAAAAUGUGAAGGACAGUCACAAAGCGGAAAAUCUUACAGCACUUUCAUUCAGGGAAUGUAUUCCAUACAGGCUAGUAUUAGCCAUCUGGUGUCGUGUUUGGGCUUAGAACAAAAUACUUAUGCCAUUGAAAUAAAUACUGUUUUAACAUAUACUUAUAUAUCAUUCUCAUGCCUGGUCAUCAUCUCACCAAUUUAUCCUCUGGCCUUAUUGCCAUCUUGCAUGAUCUUUAACAAGUGGACUUACUGCAAAAUAGGUCCAGUGGCAAAUAUGGCACUGAGUCCCUGUAAGUCAUUUUAUUUUCAACUAAGAGAAUUGUGGUAGCCAUGAUUUCAGGCCAGUAACUUGCCUGGGUGUGUUAGCCACACGUGUCUAUUCCUUGGUCCAUACACAAUUAGCUGUUUAAUCAGUGCAUGUGUGCAUCAUAAUCCAAAAAUAUCCUACAUCUUAUAUUAAGUAAAUAUUUAAUUGCUGCAUUCUUCUUCAGCAUUCACUCGGAUAUAUCCUGUUACAUGCUGUAUUUAUCUUGUUUUAUUAGCAUUAUAAUAAUUUGAAUAAAAUUAUACCGUCCUUACUCCCUAUAAGUGAAUGUUUUUUGUAUUAAUAAUGAUAAUUAUAAUAUGUCUUAUAAUUUCAUUUAAGUGUCUGAGUCUGUAAUAAGCACACAGGGCUUCUUAAAUGGACACUACAGUCACCAGAAAAACUACAGUUUAUUGAAUUUGUUCUGGUGAUUAGAAUCAUUUCCUUCAGACUUUUUGCAGUAAACACUGUCUUUUCAGACAAAAGGCAGUGUUUACAUUACAACCUAGUGUUAACUCCACUAGUCACCCCGUAUAUGGCUACUAGAGGUGCUUUCUGGGGUAGUGCUGCACAGUGUGCAGUACUGCCAUUCAGUGUCUCCACCCUCUGCAUGCCAACACUGAGCUUUACUCAUAGAGCUGCAUUGAAUCAAUGCAUCUCUACGAGGAAGUGGUGAUUGGCCAGGGCUCUGUUUGACUUGUUCUGGCUCUGCCCUUGGUCUGCCUCCUUAACAACCUGAGCCAAUCCAAUGCGUUCCUGUGUGAAAGCAUUGUGAUUGCCUCAGAAUAACACUUUUGGUGUCUUUAGGGUGGAAGGGGGAGCCAGGGGGGCUAGAUGGUGGUUUUUAACACGAUACAUAUUUGUGUUCCUGAACCUAUGGUGUUCCUUUAAUCAAGAUGACAAUGAGGGCUGAUGAGUGACUAGCAUUGCUCAGAAAUAUACCAUUUUGGGUAGCAUUGUUCCAAAUUGAACUACCAGUAACAGGUAGGAAAUAAAGGAACAUGCCUAACUGACAUUUUUUUCUUUCUUAAAAUAUUAUUUUUUAAAUAAUUCUUAUGUGGAACUGUCCUAGUAAGUUUAAUGCUUGUAUUUUGUGACUGUGUUACUUUUUAAACUUCCAUUUUUGUCUACACUUUUACUAUAUCAUGUACUAUGAUCCAUUCUUUAAUCUUGCUUUUGUUUGUAAUUUAUUUUGAACACAAAACAUUUGUAAGAUCUCUGGAAGACCCUGAAAUUGUACUUCUGCUAUGCAGUAGCUUUUUUUAGGCUCUGCAGAGGUUGUUGGACAACAUAAUUCAAGAAAUACUUAUGGGAAAUGUCAUCUAAAUGCCACUAAAGCAGCAUGGACAAAGUUGGUCCUCCUGCUGUAUGUGAUCUCCACUUUGCCAUAUGAUAUACAGUUACAAGAAAAAGUAUGUGAACCCUUUGGAAUGAUAUGGAUUUCUGCACAAAUUGGUCAUAAAAUGUGAUCUGAUCAUCAUCUAACUCACAACAAUAGACAGUCACAGUCUGCUUAAACUAAUAACACACAAAGAAUGAAAUGUUGCCAUGUUUUUAUUGAACACACCAUGUAAACAUUCACAGUGCAAGUGGGAAAAAUAUGUGAACCCCUAGACUAAGGACAUCUCCAAGAGCUAAUUGGAGUGAGAUAUCAGCCAACUGGAGUCAAAUCAAUGAGAUUAGAUUGGAGGUGUUGGUUACAGCUGCCCUGCCCUAUAAAAAACACACACCAGUUCUGGGUUUGCUUUUCACAAGAAGCAUCGCCUGAUGUGAAUGAUGCCUCGCACAAAAGUGCUCUCAGAAGACCUACGAUUAAGAAUUGUUGACUUGCAUAAAGCUGGAAAGGGUUAUAAAAGUAUCUCCAAAAGCCUUGCUGUUCAUCAGUCCACAGUAAGACAAAUUGUCUAUUAAUGGAGAAAGUUCAGCACUGCUGCUACUCUCCCUAGGAGUGGCCGUCCUGUAAAGAUGACUGCAAGAGCACAGCGCAGACUACUCAAUGAGGUGAAGAAGAAUCCUAGAGUGCCAGCUAAAGACCUACAAAAGUCACUGGCAAAUGCUAACAUCCCUGUUAGCGAAUCUACAAUAAGUAAAACACUAAACACUGCUGUCCAAACAAAACAUUGCUGCACGUUUACAGUUUGCACAAGAGCACCUGGAUGUUCCACAGCAGUACUGGCAAAAUAUUAUGUGGACAAAUGAAACCAAAGUUGAGUUGUUUGGAAGAAACACACAACACUAUGUGUGGCGAAAAAAAGGCACAGCACACCAACAUCAAAACCUCAUCUCAACUGUGAAGUAUGGUGGUGGGGGCAUCAUGGUUUGGGGCUACUUUGCUGCUUCAGGGCCUGGACAGAUUGCUAUCAUCUAAGGAAAAAUUAAUUCCCAAGUUUAUCAAGACAUUUUGCAGGAGAACUUAAGGCCAUCUGUCUACCAGCUGAAGCUCAACAGAAGAUGGGUGUUGCAACAGGACAAUGACCCAAAGCAUAGAAGUAAAUCGACAACAGAAUGGCUUAAACAGAAGAAAAUACGCCUUCUGAAGUGGCCCAGUCAGAGUCCUGACCUCCACCCGGUUGAGAUGCUGUGGCAUGACCUCAAGAAAGCAAUUCACACCAGACAUCCCAAGAAUAUUGCUGACCGUUGUUUUACUCCUGCUGCCAAAGGAGCUUCAACCAGUUAUUAAAUCCAAGGGUUCACAUACUUUUUCCACCUGCACUGUGAAUGUUUACAUGGUGUGUUCAAUAAAAACAUGGCAACAUUUCAUUCUUUGUGUGUUAUUAGUUUAAGCAGACUGUGAUUGUCUAUUGUUGUGACUUAGAUGAUGAUCAGAUCACAUUUUAUGACCAAUUUGUGCAGAAAUCCAUAUCAUUCCAAAGGGUUCACAUACUUUUUCUUGCAACUGUAUUUGCACAAUUUUUCUUUUACUAUUACUUUCUCAUUUAUUUGACUUUGUAUGAUUAUAAAAAAAAGAAGUCGAUGCCAUAUUUGAUCAGAAAAAAAUAAUAGCAGUCAAUUUCCAUAUUUAAAAGUCAUAUGCUCUUUGUAGGAAAAUGGAUUGCAAUAUAGAGACAUUUUAAUUUAGUGUUGUCUUUUCAGUAAUAAGUUAUAUGCAUAACCGUAAUGUGAAAUGAGGUAAAGCACAUUGUUGAUGGUCUGGCGAUUUGGAUCAAUAUGUUUUUUGAUUAAACUGUCUGCUUUGACUUCACAGCUGAUAAGUGAUGGAAAUGUGGUGUAUGCAGAAGCCCUAUGGGAUCAUGUCACUAUGGAUGACCAAGAACUGGGUUUCAAGGUCGGAAGUGUCAUCGAAGUGAUGGACGCCACCAAUAAAGAAUGGUGGUGGGGGAGGAUCCUUGACUGUGAGGGAUGGUUUCCUGCCAGUUUUGUGAGAGUAAGUACUGAAUGUAUUGCAUGAAAUUAUUCUGAAAACAUUGAUCGAGGCACUAUAUUCACUUUGUAACUAAAUCCAAGAAUUAUAAAUUAUCAAAGCACUCACUCUAGCAAAGAAACCGUUCCAUUGAUGUUCAUAUUCAAGAUGAACCAAGCAGAAUGAAAAAUAAGACACGUGUCUCACUCUUAACACAAUAUUCUUCAUAUGAUCACACCAAACCUUGUUAAUAUUUCUCAGGUGUUACAUGCUAAUUUUAAUAAAACAAAUUCACUUUUUAAAAUAAUUGUACUAUAUGAAUUUGAAACGUUACUACUUGAAUCUUCAGCUCCUUCGCUUUCUAAUAUACAGCAAAUUCACCAAGUAAUAAAGUUCCACACUCAAAUACACUUCUAUUAUUCAAUGUAGAAACAAGUUCUGAGAAAUAAGUCACACAUCACAAGUAAAUUAUUUCGAGCUAAUAAAGAGGAACUUCUAUCAGUUUUGACAUUGACCCCUUGGUUGGUGUGUGUGCCAUUCAUACACGAUUGUGAUCAUCUAAUGUACUACAGUUCGAUUAGAAAAUUGUUCUGGCAUGAAUAUUCCACUGUGGCUGGGGACACUCUAAGCAUCAAAACAAGUUUACCUUAUUGAAGUGGUUUUAGUGUAUAGAAAUCACUUUGUUUAUGGAGCUCAAGCUACACAUGCCAUGAUUGACACUCAUACAGCCUCCCUGCACACAUACUGUAAAAAAAGUCCAUCCCUUCCACAACGUGUUUAAUUUAGAAUUUAUUAUCUCCUGCUUUAAUAGUCUGCUAGAGUCUUUGACAGCCUCCCAUGUGUAAUUAAAGUUCAAUUUACAUAGCAGGAGAGAAAAACUUUUAGAGUAAACACACUGUGCUGCAAGAUGUGAUUAAAAGGAAACCAUUUUUUUUCAUGCAGGCUGUGCAAUUCACAGCCAGGGGAGGUGUGGCUAGGGCUGCAUAAACAAGUAAAAAGUGAUCUGACUCCUAAAUGGCAGAGAAUUGAGUAGUGAGACUGCAGGGGCAUGAUCUAUACACCAAAACGGCUUCAUUAAGCUAAAGUUGUUUUAUUGCUUGGCGUUUCCCUUUAACAAGACAACAAAAAUAAACCUCUCAAACUUGUUUAAAUAAAAAUAUCUUUAUGCACAGUGUUAGGUCUUACAGGGCAGCUGGUAAACACUUGCCUCACUUAUCCUGUGUGACAACGCACAUGGAAUUUCCACCUGUAGAGAAUAAUACCGUUUAAUGAAAGGCAUAGUAGGAGUUAGUCAUGACUCCAUAAGGUGUGGUGGUUGCAGAACCUCCUACACAGUCAUCGUCGAUGCUUAGUUUUGAUAUAUUGUUGUGGUAAUUAUAUUUACUGCCAUCUUCCCCUCCCUCCAUCUUAGGACAAUAAAAAAUAAUAACAAAUACAAAAAUAAAAAGGAGGAUAAGCAGAAAAAGGGUAUUGGAGAACGCAGCACAUCGGGUCAUAGAGUAAUAACACAAUGUCCAAAUAUAUAAGUAUAUAGCAUGACAGCUCACACACAUAUUGCGAAGCAGUUUGCAGCUUUUUGUGUUGUUUACAUGGUUAAAUGCAGGGUUUCCUAAAAACAAAAUGCUGUCCCACCCCCCACCAAAACUUCACCUGUAAUGAAAACUUCUCUCUCCGCCCAUAGUUAACUUCCCCCACGGUUGAUAUCUCUCUUCCAUUGAUACCGCAGAUCAGUCCCCACUUCUCAAAUCCAGAUCAUACACUUUUGUCCCUCUUCCCAUAUCCCCCGUUUCUCUCUCCUCAUUUUGAACCCUUUUUGUCUCUCACAACAUAUCCCCAUUUCUGUCUUUCUAUCCUUGUAUUGCCUUUUGUUUCUUUAUCUCUGGUGUCUCUAUAUUUCCUAUACACUCCACAUACAACUCCCUUCUGUCCUGGUAGCUGUGGAAUCCCAACCGUUUCCCCCAUUGAUUGCCAGGAAAGAACAGGCAUUUUGUUGACAAAAUCAGUGUAAUUACAUUAGAUUGUUAUUCUGCCAUCUAGUGACCAUUUUGUGCAUACCUUAUAUAAGAUAAGUGUGCUCGAGGUUUGAAUUCCAUAAUAAGAGGUAUGAUGUUUUUUACGUGAACUCUUGUCAGUUUCUUGCCUUUAAUCUCGAUUGUCUAACAGUUCAAAAUUGAGACAUGUUAGGAAAAAUCAGUCGCUUUAAUGCAGAUUUUAGCCUCUGUAGUGGUUAUGGUGUGAAGAGUAGCCUGGCACUAUUUAGUCUAUUCCCAUGGCACAUGACUGAGAGAUAAAAUCUCAGAGUCUUCCUCAUGGCAAAAUCAUGUUGAUAAUGACGAUUUUAUUAAAGGACACGGAGGCUCAUAUUAGGCUUCUCUCUUUCUUUUAUUUCCUCAGCAGCAAAGAAAAAGCUAAGGUGUUUAUUUGUAUAGGAAAAAGAAAACAUGCAUAACUACCCUCACAGGGUUAACAUUACAUCACCAACUUCCCACCAAUAGGAACAGUCCUUCUCUCAUAUCCUCUCAGAUUUACUUAAUCUCAUCAUUCAUUUCUCGACAGCUUCGUGUGAACCAGGAUGAACCAAUGGAAGAAUACAUCCCAAAAGCUGGAGAGAAGGAUAAGGACACCCGAAAUGCUACCAGACGCCAUGGCUAUGGACAAACAAACAAAGACCAAAUGAGGACCAAUGUUAUCAAUGAGAUCUUAAAUACAGAAAAGGAUUAUAUCAAACAUUUGAAGGAUAUAUGUGAGGUAAAAAUACUACUCCUAAACCUCAUUAAAUCGCUUGACAUCUGUAAUUUCUCUAAAUAAUAUUGUGUUUCAUGCCGCUUGUAGGAGUCUCCACAUCCAGCAGCAACAUGUCCUCUGUUUCUGCAAGAGCGUUGCUAUAGCAACCCGUGGAAACGCUCUGCGGAUCGUGAGAAUAGAGGACAUGCUGCUACUGGAUGUGGAGACUCCCUGGCCUCUCUUCACUGGGCAAAACAUACUGUGCCACCAGACCACCAGGGAAUGUAGUGUGUCUUCCCUCCCUGGACACAGGUAAGAGUCGGGGGUGGGAGACACACACAAAGGCCGCCAUCAGGGGGUGACAACCAUGACGGUUGUCACGGGCCCGGCAGUCUUGGGGGACCCGGACUGCUUUGGCAGUCUUGGGCCCUACAUUCCCUCUCUGCACAUAUAUAUAUAAUCGCUAUAUAAUCGCUAUAAAUAUGUGCAACCGCGGGUCACCCGGCUCCCUAUACUUGCAGAGGGGGACCAGCAGACUGCAGAAGCACAUUACAGCAUUUCCCUCUCUCUAACUCCCACGAGACCCGCGGCCGUCAGAGGGAGUUAGAGAGAGGGAAAUGCUCCUUCAGUCUGCUGGGCCCCCUCUGCAAGUACAGGGAGACGGGGGGCCCCACAAUGCCACCGGACCGCCAGGGAUGGAAUCUCCCCCCUCCCUGAACCAGGUAAGAAGCAGGGAGGGAGGAGAAACAUGUAUUACAUUUACAUUAUUACAUUACAUUCAUACACUAGUAAACACACACUCUGCAUUCAUUACACUAACACACACUCUGCAUCCACUUCACUAACACACACUCUACAUCCACUCCACUGACACACACUCUGCAUCCACUAAACUGAUACACACUCUGCAUCCACUCCACUGACAAACACUCUGCAUUCACUACACUAACACACACUCUGCAUUAACUAUACACACAUCAUCCACUACACAAACACCUUGUAUUCACAGUACACACACUACAUCCACCACACAUUCAAACACUCUGCAUUCCCUAUACAGAGACACUGUGUCUAAUACACAUCCACUACAAACACUGCAUCCACUAAACACAUUGCAUCUAGUACACACAAACACUACAUCCACUACACAAACACAGACUACAUCCACUACUCGAACACACUCUACGUUUAUUAUACACACUGCCUCCACUACACAAACACACACUCUGCAUUCACUGCACAAACAGUAUCUAAUACACACAAACACUACAUCCAUUACACACAUUCUAAUUCAUUUCCACUAUACACACCACAUUCAGUCCUGCAUCAUUGUCAGCGGACUAGGUAGGAGUACUGUGGGCGGACUCGUGGGUGGGCCGGGCUGGGGUGGGGGCCAGGGGCGGUGGGGGGCCCAGACCUUGUGCUUUGUCAGGGGCCCCAAAAUUUCUGGUGGGCGGCCCUGUACACACUACUCACUAUACACUCAUUAUACACACAAUCACUGCAUACACACUAUACACACACAUCAUACACACUAUACACACACAGCAUACACACUAUACACGCAGCAUACACACUAUACACGCACACACACAGCAUACACACUAUACACACACAGUAUACAUAAUAUAUACACACACACACAGCAUACACACUAUACACACAGCAUAUACACUAUACACACACACACUGCAUACAGUACACAAACACACACUGCAUACAAUAAACACACACACACUUAUACCUGUGUGUCUGUGUAUCUGUAUGUGUGUCUGUAUGUGUGUCAGUUUAUCUGUAUGUGUGUGUCUGUAUGCGUGUCUGUGCCUGUAUGUCUCUGUACAUGUGUGUCAGUGUGUGUCUGUAUCUAUAUGUGUGUUUGUAUCCGUGUGUCUCUAUCUGUAUGUGUGUAAGUGUUUGUCUGUAUCUGUGCAUGACUGUGUUUCUAUGUAUCUGCAUGUGUAUACCUUUGUGUCUGUAUAUCUGUAUGUGCCAGUGUGUGCAUCUGUGCGUCUAUGUAUCUGCAUGUGUGCCAGUGUGUGUAUAUUUGAGUACAGUAUGUGUAUAUGUACAUUCAUCUCAGCAUUUCGCCAACACUACACACAAAUACACCCCUGCAUCCAAAUAUCAACACUACAUAAAAACACACCACAUAUUCAAAAAACACACUACACAAAAAUGCACGCCUGCAUUCAAAUGCCAACACUACAUGCAAACACACUCCUACAUUCACUCACACAUACUUCAUACAAAAACAUUCAAACACACAAACACUGCUCAGUGCUAAAUACAUAAAAAAUGCAAACACAGCUCAAUGCUAAAUACAUUUUUUUUAAAUGUGUGUUUUAUAUUUUAAAAUUGAGGGGGGUGCCAAAUAUAAGAUCCGCCCAGCGUGCCAAAUGCUCCAGGUACGCCCCUGGAGGGCAAAGCUCAUUUGUAAAGCACUAUGGAUUUUGUUGGCGCUAUAUAAAUAUAAUAAUAAUAAUAAUAAUUGGGUCAUAUAUCCCAAGGGUCAAUAUGCUGAAAGUAUUCAGUCGGAGAAUAACAUUGCUUUUUGGUGGGAUUGCUGCACUUUUAAAAACUGAUCCAAAAUUGAAUAGAAAUUCUGUAAAUAGAUGAUGGACCUUUAAACAUUGAUUGGGUGCUUUAACGAGUCUACAUCAAGUGCCAUUACUUGUUGUGAUAGUUACACACAGUUCUAAGAAAACCAUACAGGGUUCUAGGGAACUUCGAAACACUGAUAUAAUGGUUAAAAAGUUACACACUAAUACUUUGUUUUACAGCUAAAAGCAAGUAUUCAAUAAUACAGGUGCAUUUGGGCACCCACUAGACAGACAUUUCUUGGGCAUACGUCUGCUUGUAGGCCAACUUGCAAUGCAAUGGUGUUCUGUAUCAGUCGUAGGCAAGCCUCGGCAUUCCAAAUGCUGUGGACUCCAUUUCCCCCACCAUGGCUGUAAGAGCACAGGAGAUGUAGUCAAAACCAUCACAAAAUAUCUUGGUGCAAAUGUGCCAACCAAAGUGCUAAAACGCAAUCUGCACAUUGUCCUGUUUAUGAUUACGCCAUGUUUCUUACAUCUUGAUAUGUUCCACCAAGGGUUACAUCAAGCAAUGCCGUAAACGGGCCGACAUGUUCACAGAAGAUCAGCUGUGGACAAUAUUUGGGAACAUUGAGGAUAUCUUCAAAUUUCAGAAAAAAUUCCUGAAAACUCUAGAGAAACGAAUCAACAAAGAUGCCCCACAUUUGAGUGAGAUCGGGGCUUGUUUUUUGGAAUAUGUAAGUAAGCCUAUAUAUUGUGUUUCCUUCCCAGCUGUUAACGCUUUACAAUGAGUUUCUGCUACGCCCCGCCGAACAGUACAUUGUCAUGCAAUCUUUUUUGAAACCUGGAGUUUGCAUUUUAGGGCUUAUUUACUAAAGUGUGAAUGCAAAGUGAAUUUCAAAUGCAAGGUCAAAAUAAUUGAAUUUGAAAAAUCUUCUAAGUCACACUAUAUGCAACAGAGCCAUCUCAGUGUAGUAUUUAUGUUGCCAAAACUCUGGGUGCUGCUCCCCCCCAUUAUUAGUGAAACUGUCUAGGAGCAGGCUGGUAAAGGCAAGUGCUCUCCCGGGCACCCGGAGUCCUCACCCCCUCCAGUUGACUUGGUAAUGCCAAAUUUAAACUUAAUAUCAAUUCUAUCGAUGACCUGUUCCCAAUGCCAUUAGCCUAAAAACCUGGGGAACGACAGCAUAACUACUGCACUGAUCAAUGCUGGUGUUUCCAAUGUUACUUAGAGUGUCCUGCUACAAUGUCUGCAGCAGGAUUUGAUUAAACCAUAGAAGCCAGUACCUUACAAGAAAAUAGAGAGAGACUAGAAUGAAAAGCUGCCUGCAAACAUACAGGGUUAUUCACUUAAGUCCUAAUGGCAAAUGCUGGCCAGCUGCCACAUGGUUAACUCUCGCAGUGCCAAGCUUUUUGUAACUAUUUGUCCAUUGGUUGAUAGUGCUGCCAGCUGAAAAAUAAUAUUUAAUAUUAUCGUUCACAUGCAAAAAGAAAGGAAACAAUAAUGUGUGAAUGUGCAUCCUGUUGUAUGCAUUCGUUCCUGAAUUUUGUUAAAAUCGGUGCUUUGUGACUCUUCAGAAUCCUAUAAUUUGUAUAAAGUUCAUAUGCGAAAGCAGAGAUUUUAAUUCGCUCACUGUCUGAAUCCAGGCAAUCGCUGCUAUUUUCACCCAAUUUUGUCCAGCCAGGCAAAAUCCGGUGUUUAGUGAUUAACCCUGAUAGAGUUAAUUUCCAAUUUAUUAGAUUUUACUAAAAAGCUGUUAAUUGCUACCCAUUGUUUUGCUAACAUUAGCGAGUAGCAGCUUUUUCGAUACUUAUCUCUGACUGAUGUCUAACAUAUAAAAUACAAGGAAUUCUCCUUGUACUUUCUCGCAUAAACAGACAAACUUUUUAUUACAAAGAUUGGGAAAGAGAAAUGCUGUCAUUGUAUAUAUAGUGACAAUGAAGAGAGGCAAUGAUGACAUUGUUUUGAGUAACAUUGACAAAAUAAACAAAAGGUUUAUUUCAUUAAAGGAAUGGGUCACAUAGAUAAAAAUUAGUGUGAAACUCAUGCUAGUAUACGCUUAGAAGAAGGAAAAAGAAAUUCGGGAAAUGCACAAAGAUCGAGAUUAGCCCUCACAGUGCUCUCAACACAAACUUCUAAUGAGAAGUUCUGACUAAUUACAAAAACCUAGCCUUGGGUCUCAUUAUCCUCAUUGGAGAUCGGUGUUAAUCAAGCUGUGGUUCCUAAAAUAGACUGCAGUAUUGUGAAGGAACAAACUGCAUUAAUAACAACUGAGGGGAUAUUUAUAAACAGCUAUUCUAGGGCAAAGUUCUUCAAGUGCAGCAACCAGCAGGAACAUUGCUGUAGUUAUUGUAACAGAAUCAUGGUUCUGGGUUCCACAAGUUUGUAUCCAUACCUGAAGCUUCUACUCCCUCUGUACAAAAAGAGAAAGCUUAACAAAUGGAAGGUGCCUCCUAUUCUGAAGAUUUCACAGUUUACGCAGCUACCGGGAUAAUGGCCAUCACCGCAUUCUCUCACUAAUUUUCAGGUUUAAAGCAAAGAAUAUAUGUUUUUAUGUUUUGAUCUUUUAAAGAAUAGCAGGUUUGAUGUGUCUUUGUGCUUUCAUCCUCUAGAAAACAGACUUUCAGGUGUAUUCCGAAUACUGCAACAACCAUCCUAACGCCUGCACAGAACUCUCCAAGCUCUCAAAGGUCAAAAAGUACGGGUAUUUUUUUGAGACCUGCCGUCUCGUGCAGAAAAUGAUUGACAUCUCUCUGGAUGGAUUUUUAUUGACACCAGUACAGAAGAUCUGCAAAUAUCCACUCCAACUAGCUGAACUUCUGAAAUAUACGAAUCCCCAGCACAGGUACUUCAGGCUUGAAGUUUGAUACUCAGAUUAAUCAACUCAAAAAGUAGAUUCUAGCACAUGGAGGUCUGGUGACGGAUUGGGGAUCUCCACAAAAAGUCUGGUGUAUUCAGUAGGACUGAAUGGGUGAUUUAGUAAGGCCCAUAGAGAAUUUAAAAAAAAAUCCCCAGCAUGCACAAGGUAGAAUCAUGGCCAUUUACCAUUAAAUACACAUCAUGUAUCUAACUGCAACUACGCAACCAAUAUUUUCUUUUGAUUAUUUCAAUGCCAUUGUUGGUAGAAAAAAGUACCAUGGCUCUACACAUUGGUGUCUUGCUUCUUGUAUCAAACCGAAUGUAUGUUUAUCAUAGAUUCAUACAAAGAAAACUGUAAUAGGAGUGAACGAGGUCUCAAAUUUGAAAAACUCAUCUCUUCAUAUUAGAAAAAUUAACAGGAGAUGUGAGCAGUUGUCAUUUGUUUUUGUGAGGCUUUAAUGAGCAUGCAGCUUUUGUGCAGUGCUUCAAGUAGAAUUUAACACUUCACUCCCAGAAUCGAAUACAAACAGUUUUACUUUCAUGUAUUUUGCACAUUGAAAUUUAGUCCAUAAAGCCUCACUCACCCUUAUUUAUACUGUUGGAAUCAUUACCAGCCUGUAGAGGAACACAUUCCACUGCUAGAAGUCACUGGUGAUUGUUUUAUUGCCUGUAAGUGUGCUGAAAAUGUCAGUUUACCACCUGUAAAAGGAAUAAUAAUUAUAUAAUAAUAAUUUGCGAAUUUUAUAGCAAAGGAAGUUUCAAUGGAGCAUAGCAUUCCUACAUGCAGUGAAGGUGAGGCGUUUCCAUUUUGCUGUUAGCUUUACAUUAGCAUUUCAGAGGUUGAUACAAAUUGCUAUAGAUGUUUUAAAUAUCUGUUUUAUUUUCAUAUAUAUAUGUACUCUGCUCAAAAAAAUAAAGGGAACACAAAAAUAACACAUCCUGGAUCUGAAUGAAUUAAAUAUUCUUCUGAAAUACUUUGUUCUUUACAUAGUUGAAUGUGCUGACAACAAAAUCACACAAAAAUUAAAAAAUGGAAAUCAAAUUUUUCAACCCAUAGAGGUCUGGAUUUGGAGUCACACUCAAAAUUAAAGUGGAAAAACACACUACAGGCUGAUCCAACUUUGAUGUAAUGUCCUUAAAACAAGUCAAAAUGAGGCUCAGUAGUGUGUGGCCUCCACAUGCCUGUAUGACCUCCCUACAAUGCCUGGGCAUGCUCCUGGUGAGGUGGUGGAUGGUCUCCUGAGGGAUCUCCUCCCAGACCUGGACUAAAGCAUCUGCCAACUCCUGGACAGCCUGGUGCAACGUGAAGUUGGUGGAUGGAGCGAGACAUGAUGUCCCAGGUGUGCUCAAUUGGAUUCAGGUCUGGGGAAUGGGUGGGCCAGUCCAUAGCAUCAAUGCCUUCAUCUUGUAGGAACUGCUGACACACUCCAGCCACAUGAGGUCUAGCAUUGUCUUGCAUUAGGAGGAACCCAGGGCCAACCGCACCAGCAUAUGGUCUCACAAGGGGUCUGAGGAUCUCAUCUCGGUACCUAAUGGCAGUCAGGCUACCUCUGGCGAGCACAUGGAGGGCUGUGCGGCCCCCCAAAGAAAUGCCACCCACACCAUUACUGACCCACUGCCAAACCGGUCAUGCUGGAGGAUGUUGCAGGCAGCAGAACGUUCUCCACGGGGUCUCCAGACUCUGUCACGUCUGUCACAUGUGCUCAGUGUGAACCUGCUUUCAUCUGUGAAGAGCACAGGGCGCCAGUGGCGAAUUUGCCAAUCUUGGUGUUCUCUGGCAAAUGCCAAACGUCCUGCACGGUCUUGGGCUGUAAGCACAACCCCCACCUGUGGACGUCGGGCCCUCAUACCACCCUGUUUCUGACCGUUUGAGCAGAAACAUGCACAUUUGUGGCCUGCUGGAGGUCAUUUUGCAGGGCUCUGGUAGUGCUCCUCCUGUUCCUCCUUGCACAAAGGCAGAGGUAGCGGUCCUGCUGCUGGGUUGUUGCCCUCCUAUGGCCUCCUCCACGUCUCCUGAUGUACUGGCCUGUCUCCUGGUAGCGCCUCCAUGCUCUGGACUCUAUGCUGACAGACACAGCAAACCUUCUUGCCACAGCUCGCAUUGAUGUGCCAUCCUGGAUGAGCUGCACUACCUGAGUCACUUGUGUGGUUUGUAGACUCCGUCUCAUGCUACAACUAGAGUGAAAGCACCACCAGCAUUCAAAAGUAACCAAAACAUCAGCCAGGAAGCAUAGGAACUGAGAAGUGGUCUGUGGUCACCACCUGCAGAACCAUUCUUUUAUUGGGGGUGUCUUGCUAAUUGCCUAUAAUUUCUACCUGUUGUCUAUCCCAUUUGCACAACAGCAUGUGAAAUUGAUUGUCACUCAGUGUUGCUUCCUAAGUGGACAGUAUGAUUUCACAGAAGUGCGAUUGACUUGGAGUUACAUUGUGUUGUUUACGUGUUCCCUUUAUUUUUUUGAGCAGUGUAUAUAUAUAUAUACAGAAUGUGUGAUUUCUCUUUAUUUACUGUGUCUGGGUAUUGUGCUAAAAUGCAAAAAUACCAUUAGUAGUACUACUAGUAAUGCCUCCAGGGUCCUUACAAAUACAUAUCAGCAAGGUAUUGACUAUUUGUAUUUAUGUAUUUUUGUCAGACCUACUUUAUGUAAGAAAAAUUGCAUUUUGUUUUAAUAUUUACAUUUCAGACCCAGCGUGAAAUAUCGCAAGAUAAAGAACAUCGUAUACUCUCUAAAACUUUUUGUUCUCCAAAAUGUUCUAUAAAAACUGACCAAAUAAGAGAAAAAUACAAAUUGUGUAAAUUUACAUAAUUUAAAUAUUUCAGUAAUCUAUACCCAAAAUCACUUUCUUACUAUGUGUUUUAUAUGCAUCCCUUGCUUCAAAUGAAUGUUAUGAUAAUAUUUUAAGUGCUCAGUAGCUACAUUUUUACUCUCUUUUAUCCUUUUUGUAAUUAGGGACUUUGCAGAUGUCGAAGCAGCAUUGGACGCUAUGAAAAAUGUUGCCAAACUGAUCAAUGAACGGAAGAGGAGGCUUGAAAAUAUUGACAAGAUAGCUCACUGGCAAAGCACUAUCGAAGGCUGGGAGGUAGUUAUAACCUUAAUAAAACAUCAUUGGCUCAUUUACACGUUUGUUGGUAAAAAAGCACCCAUUAAAUAUUGAUACCAGCAGCCGGUAGAUUUUUGAUGAUAAAAAAUAAUGACAGGCUCGUGAUCAUCACCUUGUAAUUAUGCAUGAAGAGCAUGAGGGGGCAACAUUCUAAAAGUAGACAAAUAUGCAGAAACAUCGUAUUGGUUUCCAUGGAAAUGGCUUUUUAGAGCUUUGCUCCACAAUUGCUCUUUACGCAUUAACCCACUAGUGUAAAAUAUAUGCUGAUUACAUUAUAUAAAAGUUUUAAUUUCCUAGGACUACAUAAAUCAGCGAAUGGAUCAGUCAAACUAUUUACUUUCACAAUUACUUGCACACUAUCCCAAAUCCCUAUCCACGUUAUUUUAAACGGAGGCUUUAUAUUAUCACUACAAUGGUCAUUAAAGUGUUAGCACACCUGCCAUGGUCACCACAAAACCUCUUAGUACAGUAAAGUUGACGCAUCAUCGGGGGCGACAAACCUGGAUUGGCAUUUUCAAGAGGUUUGUAUUAUUAAACUAUGGGGGCGGAGGGUUCCAGUCUACCCAGCUGAGAUGCAGAUGAGCUGCAUGUCUUUAGGUAUGUGAAGAAGAGAACACAGAGGUCAUGAAAUUUGUGUUUAAUUUUAUGAAAUGUGAGGGUAAUUUCAUUGAGUUCAUCCAGGAAAUCAUAUAUGUUGGUAGGACCUGCAGCUUCCCAAGAGCAGUAUCGAUAUUAGGCUUCCCCAUCCUGAAAGUGCGGGUUACGUAUGAAGGGAAUAAAUCUGGUGUAUUGCCACUGGAGCCCUAGGAGUGUUCUCACCAAUUUCCACGUUUUUAUAGUGGAUGCCAAUAAUUUCAUUUGGUUCCUCUGGAAGAAAGGCAUAUGGAGUAUGUAGCAACUGAGAGAGUGCUGUACCAGGGCAAAGCUGUACUUCUAUAUGUACUACUGUGAAUUGUCCCAAUAAUUUAAUUAAAUCUAGAGCGUGAUGAUAGUGUGCUGCUAGAGUGUAAAGGUUGAAAUUUUAAUCUGGGUUGAUAUAAUCAUGCAUUGCAAUUCUUGGAUGUUUACGUUGCCAAAGAAAUUUGGAUAACAGCUUAUUAAGAAUUUUGUUGUCUGAUCUUGAGAAUAGUAUGUGUAAGGCUUGUAAAGGGUAAAGAAGGUUGAGUACUAUAGCUGGUUUUAGGAGAGGGCUGAGAGAGAGAUGCUCCCAUCUAGAGAGGAGAUCCCCAACGUUAGCCAGAGGUGGUCAUGUUUAUGCAAUGUAUAGUGGACAUUUGUGGGGGGAUAACUAAACUUAGAUAUUUGAAAUUCAAAGUUGCUCAUGAUAGGGUGGUCGGUGUUCUUACACUAAUUGGUGGACCUGGGCCUAACCUCAAAGCUGUUGACCAGUUAAUUUGGAAGCCUGUUAUCAAGCCAUAUCAAUUGAGUGAUAUGAGUGAUUGCAUUUGGAAGAGAUGUUACAGGGUCCAAGAGAAAGUGUAAAAAAUCUUUUGCGAAACCCAUAUCUUUAAUUGCAUGGGAGCCCAUCUGAAUUACUUUUUUACCUGCAGAAGAGUAACUAUAUCUAAUAAGUUGGUCUAAUGCUAAAAUAAAAAGGUAUGGUAAAAGGUAAGAUAGGUGACUAUGGGCAACCCUGUUUUAUCGCUUUCUUGAUUGUACAGUAGUAUUGUAGAUUUAUUUUACAGCCUCUUUAAAAAUAAAUAUGUAUAUAUUUUCCUGUUAGGGUGAAGAUAUUCUAACAAGCAGUUCAGAACUCAUACACUCUGGAGAAUUGACCAAGAUUUCACAUCUUCAAUCAAAGGGUCAACAACGGAUAUUUUUCCUUUUUGAUCAUCAAAUUAUCUACUGCAAAAAGGUAUGGUAUUCAUCUUAAUGCCCAAACAUGCAAUUUUAAAGUGGCUCUGUUACUGUUUUAAUCCAGUGAGCCCAUGUCACUGUUGUAUUCUUGUUGCUCACGAAUAUAAGAAAGAGAUCUAUCAACAGUCCAAUGUUACCUAUCACGUGGACCUCUGUAGACCAACUCGUGUGAUGGAUGAGCCGAUUAACUUUUCUCACAGCCAUCAAUAAAGACAAUUGCAGGAAUAGAUAAAAGUUGGCAGCAAAAACAUUGGCUUUUGUCCAUUUUCUGUUUCUUUGUCUGUGAGAUGAAGUAGUCUUUACUUGGUGUUAUGAUGUCUUUUUCUGUAAUUUGAAUGAAAUUUCAACAUAGUCAACCUGAAUAUUUCAGAAAGAUUUUAUCUUUAUGUAAUAGUCAUGAAGUGACCAGAGGUGACUUAGUCACUUUAAUCACUUUAGUGUGUGGUUUAUGUGCAGGUUAUCAGUAUUGGUUACUUCAAUGAUGUGUAUAUACACAAAAUGGUGCAUUUAUUAGUAAAUAACAUAUGUGUCCUCCAAAAGACCUGCAUCUACAAAACGUAUACUGAAGGCUUUUUUUUGCCUCUUACAAUUGUGAGUGACCAUUUGACAUAUAUUUAAAUUAUAAAAACACACAGUUUUGCACUAAGUUGUGCCAUUUUUCUCCUUAAAGGAUCACUAUAGGGUCAGGAACACAAACAUGUAUUCCUGACCCCAUAGUGCUAAACCCACCAUCUAGCCCCCCUGGGCCCCUCAUGCCACCAUAAAUAUAGUAAAAAUCUUACUGUAUUCAAGCCAGAAGCUGUAAGUCUGCAUGCUGUUAGACUCAGUAAAAACAAGCAGUCUGCUGACAUGUGGUAGCCUGAUCCAAUCACAGUGCUUCCCCAUAGGAUUGGCAGAGUCUGACAAAGAGUUAGAUCAGGGGCAGAGCCAGCAUGAUUCAAACACAGCCCUGGCCAAUCAGCAUCUCCUCAUAGAGAUGAAUUGAAUCAAUGAAUCUCUAUGAGGAAAGUUCAGUGUCUGCAUGCAGAGGGAGGAGAUACUGAAUCACAGGAUGCUCAGAAAAUACAGUGUUUACAUGAGAGAGGCUGCAGGGAGCUAUAGUUCUCACCUGAACAACCUCAUUAAGCUGAAGUUUUUCAGGUGACUAUAGUGUCCCUUUAAGAGGAUAUUCCCCAUGUAUAUAUAUUAGCCUAAAUGUACAGAUUGUUUGUCAACUUAUAAAUAGUAGAUACCUCCUUUACCAAUUAGCAUUUUAGAUAAAAUAUUUCAUGGGUUCUCUUGCAUGUAACUGCUGAGUGCUGCAGUUCAGUCUUUAAGUCACUAUUGAGACCCUCCAAAGGUAGGCAACCUUUGGCACGGAUGUUAUGGACUUCAUCCCCCAUGAUGCUUUGGCAGUAUUAUAGCUGUAAGAGCAUUAUGGGAGAUGUAGUCUACAACAUCUGGCAUGCCAAAAGUUGUCUACCCCUGCACUAGAGUAUAGUUAGGUCUUAGUUAGGUCGGAUAUCCUGGAAUACAUCUCCCAUAAUGCUGGCAAUGCAUCAGGGGAGAUGUAGUUCACAACAUCUGGAGUGCCAAAGGUUGCCUACCUCUGCCCAAGAGUAAUACACAUCUUCUAUAUCAAAUAUCACAUGACUCAUUUUACAAGAUAUUUGCAUUUACAAAAUGUCACUGUUUAUGUGUUUUCAUUAUGAUUUAUUUUUAAUUGUAGGAUCUCCUUCGAAGAGAUAUUCUAUAUUACAAAGGCCAGAUUAACAUGGAUGACAUGGAUGUUAUUAACAUAGAGGACGGUAAAGAUAAAGACUUUAACAUCAGUGUGAAAAACGCAUUCAAACUGCAAAGCAAAAUCUCUGAUGAAGUUCAUCUGUUCCUUGCGAAAAAACCUGAGCAGAAACAGCGUUGGCUGCAGGCCUUUGAUGAAGAAAGGAAGCAGGUGCUUCUAGAUAAGGAAACAGGUACAUGCAUUAAAAACAAGACUACUUUGAUUUAUGUUGGAUAUGGAAUAAUUCUCACAACUGUAACAAAUGUUAAAUCCAUUCCAGGGGGAAACUCUCUAAAAAAAACUUUACUUGUAACUUAAAGGACCACUCUAGGCACCCAGACCACUUCAGCUUAAUGAAGUGGUCUGGGUGCCAGGGCCCUCUAGGAUUAAACCCUUUUUUUUAUAAACAUAGCAGUUUCAGAGAAACUGCUAUGUUUAUAAAUGGGUUAAUCCAGCCUCCAAAUCCUCUAGUGGCUCUCUCAUUGACAGCCGCUAGAGGCGCUUGCGUGCUUCUCACUGUGAAAAUCACAGUGAGAACACGCAAGCGUCCAUAGGAAAGCAUUGUAAAUGCUUUCCUAUGAGACCGGCUGAAUGCGCGUGCAGCUCCUGCCGCGCAUGCACAUUCAGCCGAAGAGGAGGAUCGGAGGCGGAGAGGAGGAGGGGGUCCCUGAGGAUGGGUACACCCUCAGGGCACUAUAGUGCCAGGAAAACGAGUAUGUUUUCCUGGCACUAUAGUGGUCCUUUAACUCCUCAAACUCAGUACAAGUACAUGUAAACAUUUACAGUGUCGAAAAUGAGCACAUAUACUAGUAGGAUUCAUUGACAAUCGGCUUCAACUGCAAGUGUGGCAACCAUCCCCUUCUGUUUGUGUUUGUGAACAGUAAGAAAAGGAAUCCGCUAUAUCAUAAAUGAAAAGGCUUGGCCUGCAGUUGUGGCAGGGGCUUGUUACACUACUUAAACCCUCCUACUCACCUUCCUCCGUCCCGUACGUGUUUGUCGCUCCAUUUCUCCACUUACCUGGUCCUCGAGGAUCCUUUGCCUGGCCUGCUGUUCACCUGCUGCUCAUUGUCUGCGGUCCUCCUGGGCUCUGCUCCGGAUCUCCGGUUGUCCCUGGUGCUCCAAGCCUCUGUUGUCCGUCUGGGUCAGGCUCCCUUGCUGUUCGGAGGGAAGUGUCCUCCGCAUUCCCCCUUUCGACCGUGGCUCUUGGGGGGGGGGGGGUCGGCUUUGUUGCUGCGCUGCGCGUCUCUUCCUGGCAUUCUUGACUGUCAACCAGCUCCGGGGGUAUUGGGUCCACAACCCCAGUUUGUUUCCUACCGCCCAGUGUGCAGCGAACCAGGCUGGGUGUGUUGUGCGCCGCAGUGCUCUCGGGUGUGGGGGAGGCCAGAGUGGGGACGGGCACUAUUGGUGCAGGUGCGAGGCUGGUGGCAAUUGUCGGCGGGGAGACUGGAUGCGGGCAACAGGCUCUUGCGGUGACUCCUCUUCCCUUUUUCUUGAGCUUUCCCUCACCCCCUGCGACGCCGUCGCAUGUGCACAUCUGUUCUCACCAGCGGCGUGGCCACACACACGUGUGUUGUGUGCAGUUCUGGAUACGGGUAGGUACCAUGGUUAUAGGUCGACCUACUCAGGGACUUUUAGCUGGGUGACAUUAUGUGUUUUGUUUCUAUGCGCUGUAACUAUUGCAGGUGCAGUGUUUUGCCUAGGACCUCUGCAGGUACAGAUCAAGUGUGCUUCUACAUGACAAUUUCCCCUGGAAAUGAUAUAGAAUUAAAUCAAUAACCUGCAGCUGAUUUAGGUGUUGUUGUGCAAGGUUUAAAAAAAAAAAAUUUAAAAAAUGAAUUAGUGUUUCCUUUUCCUGCUGUCAUGCGCGGUCUUAAGCUACGUAGUUGCUGUUGCCAAGCGGUUUUCGGUCCCAUCACGGGAUGUGGCCCGCGUAUUCACCUUUGGUUUUCAUUUCCCUGCUUGGCUGGGCCAAGUCUGCCCGCUAUACCCGUGCUCCAUUAUUUUCCAGAAGGACCAUUACAGUCUGCUUUAUGAUUCCUCCUCAAACCCCCCUCAUCUUCGUCACGCAGUGCAUCCUCUCUCUCACUCCUUACCCAUCCCCUCUUAGUUAGCUGUUGCUGGCUGUUAGGGUCCUAGGUGACCACUAGUGGUAAUUUCCCCCCCGGCUUCUUCGCCUUAGGUUAGUGGUCCCGCGAGGCCAACACCCAUCCUCAUACUUGGAGGUAUUAUGCCCCUCGGGCCAAAUCAUAGUUAGUCGCCUCGCAAUGUGGCAUAGGGAGGGCCUCACCUGUCACCCCAUUCUAUCUUAUGUUUAACAGUCACCGAGAGGCCGACACCCCGCCACAACGUCAGUGGCCUUGUUCCCUCGCACCAACGCAUAGAUAGAGCCUCUCCCGCCGCUUGGCAUCUAGCAGGGCCUCACCUGUCACCAAACCUAGUUUAAUUGUUUCGCCUUUUGGCUUUAGCUAGUAUGCCAGCACUCUCACACACUCACACACACUCUCACACUGGGUCUCGUGAGCCCCGUGGGUUUUUCACCACCACGUACUCUAUUACCUAUUGCCGGGAUCGCUCCUUUUGGCCUGAUCGCCUGGACUCUGACGUGCUUACUCUGCUUCUCGGUUACGGUCGGCCCUGCGGUACUCGUUCACCCUCACGUUCUUUCGAUACACGUUCAUCAAAUCCGUCCUCUCUCACGCUACCUUCCCUCUCCUCUUAGUUAGCUGUGGCUGGCUGUCAGGGACAUAGGUGUCCACUAGUUGUAAUUCCUCCAGGCUUCUUCGUCUUAGGUUAGUGGUCCUGCAAGGCCUACACCCAUCCUCAUCCUCGGAGGUACUACGUCCCUCGGGCCAAAUCAUAGUUAGUCAACUCGCAUUGUAGCAUAGAGAGGGCCUCACCUGUCACUCCCAUUCUAUCUUAUGUUUACCUGUCACCGAGAGGCCAACACCCCGCCACUCCGUUCAGUGGCCACAUUGUCCCCUUGCGCCAACGCAUAGUUAGAGCCUCUCACGCCGCUUGGCAUUUAGCAGGGCCUCACCUGUCACCAAACCUAGUUUUAAUUGUUUUGCCUUUUUGGCAUUAGCUAGUAUGCCAGCUCACACUCACGCACACACACAUUGGGUAGCGUAUGCGCUGUUUCUUCAUCUCUCUCUUAGCAGGUCUCCAUUGCCUGGCACUGGCGUGCUAUUUUUUUUUUUUUUCAGCCUGGCUCUCUUGCUAGGUCUGGUACUCAUCGCGCUGUGGAGUUUCGGCUACUCCCUCUCGUGUCCUGGUCUCUUCCUCACUUCGCUGUGUUUCUCGUGAGUCGACUUAUUCCCUCCCUAGCAGCCUUUCGGUCAGCUGAAUUCUCAGAAUCUGUCUGCCUCCACGGGUAACGCUGUUGCCCGAGGGGCCCCCGAGUUUGCUUUUCCAUCCUGCGCUUCUGUUGUCAAUAGGGCGGUUUCAGAUUGGCAGUUUGGGUUAUUGACGUCUGCCGCUCUGGCUGGAUCCGAGCCAGACUUCCUGCACCUUUUUCAUACGAUCUCUCCUGUGCCUCCUCUACGCAUUCCUCUUGGCUCUGCCUUCGGCCUCUCCCGUAGCCACUGCCAUCCUCUGCUCGCGGACUACCAGCCUUGUUAGCUCAUGGUCGUCAUCUUUCUCGUUGACACUCACGGUACAUGUAUUAGGGCCUCCUCCUUUGCUGCUCCUUUCGCGUAUUCUAUUACUGUCUUUUUGCUAGGUUGUCUGCAUUUGGUUUUCGCUUCUUUUUGCCACCUCUAACUUGCAUCAACUCUACCUAUUACAACUUCACAUGCUGUUACAGGUUUAUGUUUCAUACGCAGUUUCAUGUCCUCAUACCAGUUUAGUACCAUACUCAAGACAUUUCCGGCUCCCAGGAUUUUCAAAUCUUGCAGAUAUCCCAUCCACAUCCAAUUAGUUCAAUCACUAUCAGACCUAUUAGACGCCUGUCCUUACGAACCAGACAACAGCCUUCAAUGUAGGGUAAUAACUGCUUGAUCCAAGGAUAAAUCUGACUGCCGUUCUGAGGUCAAGAAGGAAUUUUUCCCUAGCUUGUUGCAAAAUUGGCAGUGCUUCAAACUGGGUUUUUUCUUCUUCUUUUGGAUCAACCACAAGGAAAUGGGCACCUAUUUACUCUUUUUCUAAUCAAGCCUAACUAUCACAGAUCUCACUACUUGGGGCCAGUCCUUACACUCCGACUUUCUUUGGUGCAUUGAUCUUGGGGCCAGUUUUAAUCAGUUCUACUAUUCUGGUCACCCCUCUAGGAUAGGGUGGCAUCUAUGGCUUCAAUCUAGUUCACUUUGGUUCGUAUAUAUUUAAUCUCUAGGUCAAUGGAAGCUCUCAGCAUAUUCCCCCAUAUGUACCACGUACCGCCAUAGCUAGGCAAUUAAGGUUUUCUUAUCAGUUGUUGAUUGUUCUACGUUUCUGGGAUGUAUCAACUUUUUGCCCUCUUUUAUUACAGGCCUGCCGCGACCUCUGUUCCGGCACACCUCAACUGACUUAUUUCCCCCUUUACUAUGCUCCUCUUGCUAUGCUUCCUAUACGGCCUUAUUUGCCCCUCACACAAAUGAAAAGGCUUGGCCUGCAGUUGUGGGAGGGGCUUGUUACACUACUUAAACCCCCCUACUCACCUUCCUCCGUCCCGUACGUGAUUAUAGCUAUUCGCUUGUCCCCACCCUCCACUCCCUCUAUCUAUAUUUUUAUUACAUAUCAUGGGUGGGCCCUCUUUUAUUACAGGCCUGCCGCGACCUCGGUUCCGGCACACCUCAACCGACUUAUUUCCCCCUUUACUAUGCUCUUCUUGCUAUGUUUCCUAUACGGCCUUAUUUGCCCCUCACACAACUUUAUAAAUAUGCAAGAAAAUAAUGCUAAGUGUUCACAAAUAUUCUACAUUUUUAGUUGUUGGAAUUUUCCUCAAGAACCACAGACCCAGAAACACAGAGGAAAAUGACUUAUACUGCAACAUUGUCAAACACGUAACGUGGAGCUAUACUAGAGACAGGGCCGGCGCGUCCAUAAGGCGGCACAGGCGGCCGCCUUAGGGUGCACCGGUUUCGGGGGCGCAAUAUUUCAGUGACCGGCAGGAGGGAAGCUCUCCCUCCUGCCAGGCCACCAUCUCGACCCCCGGUGCGGCGUGCGGCGUGCGGCAGUGCUGUGAUCAGACGCGGCGAGGAAGCUCUAACCUCUCUGCUCUGCUCCCUCGCGCGCUGUCUGCUGAUGCCGCGGGAGCCGGAAUAUGACGUCAUCAACCCGGCUCCCGCGGUAUCAGAAGGCAGCGCGCGAGGGAGCAGAGCAGAGAGGUUAGAGCUCCCUCGCCGCGUCUGAUCACAGCACUGCGGCACGCCUCCCAGCAGCCCCACUGGACCCCAGGGAAUGAUUCAUCAUCCACACCAGCUCUCCAGGUAGGGAGGCUGGGUGGAAAAUGUUUAUUUAUUAAAAUAAUUAGUGAGUGUGUGUAUGCGUGUCUGUCUGUGUGUGACUGUGUGUGUGUCUGUGUGUGAGUGUAUGUGUGCCUGAGUGACUGUGUGCCUGUGAGUGACUGUGUGCAUGAGUAUGUGUGUCUGUGAGUGAGUGUGUCUGUGAGUGUAUGUGUGUGUCUGUGAGUGAUUGUAUGAGUGUGUAUGUGUGUGUCUGUGAGUGCUUGUAUGAGUACUGCAUGUGAGUGUAUGAGUGUGGCAGUGUAUGUGUGUCUGUCAGUGUGUGUUUGUGAGUGUCUGUCAAAUCAGUGAGUAUCUUUGGCAUUGAGUCUGUGUGUGAGUAUCAGUGUGUCUGUCAAUGAAUGAGUGUGUGUCAGAUCAGUGAGUCUGUAUGUUUGUCAUUGAGUGUGUGUGACUCUCAGUAUGUAUACACCACUGAGUGUAGUGUGGCGGAGCGCAGUACAGGAGCUUCUGUUUCCUGUACCCGGCCAGACUGACCGGAGGUGCUCACUGAGAGAGCACUCCCUCGGCACUCCACUCGGCACUCCACUCGGCAACGCUACAAGAGAGGUAGGAGGCACGCCAGGAAGGGGAGUGCGACCACUAAAGGGGUGGGGUGUGCACCAAGGGACAUGGAGGGGAGGGGAGAGAAACACCAAGGGACAGGAAAAAGAGGGGAGAGCUUAGAAGAACACUAAGGGACAGGGAAGGGAGGGGACCACUAAUGGACGGGGAGAGGGGCUGGUUAAGAGGCACAUAGGUGAAGAUGUUAUUUUGGGGGGGGGGGUGGAAAGAUACAUCUUCGCCUAUGUACCAAAAAAUCUUUGCACCGGCCCUGACUAGAGAGUAGCUUUAAAAUCGCAGGGUCUUGACUCUUAGUUAGAGGGGAAAUCUUUGACAGUACCAAACCCUCUAAUGUAUAGAACAUCAACUCCAAAAUCCACAUAAAUAUAAAAAUGAAACCAUUAAAAAAAAAAAACAAUAACAAAUACAAUAGAAGUGUUUUCGUUGGGUUGUGGAGAGAAAUCAUUAUCAGGUAUGGAGGUUAUGAAACCUAUUAUUGUAAAGUAUUAAUGGCCCAUAUUCACUUGCACACUAACUAAUAACCUGCCUUAGUUUAACUACUGUUUACGGAACUGACAUUGUACCUGUUAUGAUCACUGGGUGGCAGCAUAGGACAUUAAUAUUCAAGAACUAGCGUAGAAGAUUAAAUAUACCAUUUUACACCAUGAACACAUUUUAGAACAUCAUCAGUAACCUGACCUGGAUCUGCUAUUUGUCCCUGUGAAGAAAUAACACGCUGGGAUCUCCAGAAUCUCAAAUUGCCAAAUUCCUGGUAGUCCAACUAUAUCUACCUGAAUCGGCCCUUGCCAUUCUUGUUUUAUAGAUGAUAGAGUGCCUUAAACAACACGUCCAACCUGCAUGGAUAGAUUUAUUUUAUAAAACUUCUGUGUCAAAUCUUGCACCGGUCACUCUUGUAAUAUUUUCCAACUCACUGCGUAUUCUAGUUGACCACAUUUUAAAAAUAAUUGUUAUUUUUUAUCUUUUUUUAGGUUUUAGCAUUAGUGAAAUUCAAAAGAAACAAGCAAUGGUCAACGCCAACAAGCCUCAUCCAGCAGGAAAGCCAAAAGGUAAGUGUGUAAGAAAACAAAAACAAAAUACAGGUAUUUAUUACACUCAGCUGCCAAUAGCAACAUCAUUUAACUAGUUCAGCCAUAUUUGGUAUGGCUGCUACUAUCUUCGGCAACAGUUUCGUUUUUUGCAUAUUUUAGUUUUAUUACAUAAUGUAACCAUUGGAGUUAGCUGCAUCCCUUUAAGAAUACAUUCCAAAUAUCUGUCCUCAUUCUCAUUUGGAAUACAUUCCCUCCCGCACACAUUUUGUGCAACAGAAUCUUAAUAAUACGAUAAUACGGUCUACUGUUGUUCAUCAUGACAUUAGCAUGCGUAACAGACAACCACGGAGUUUGCAUUUGGAUUCUCUUUCUUUCUAAGAUAACAGAAGGAAGGGGAGGGGAAAGGGGGAAUGUUAGCUUAUGGAAUAGUUUUCCCUAAAAAAAAAUCUCUUGUUUUCUCUCGUAGCUGUUAAUAGGACCUACUAUGAUUUCUGGAUGAAACAGAAACACCCCACGUUGCCUGCCAACCUCCCACAGCAGCAAGUCUUCAUGCUUGCUGAGCCCAAACGCAAGCCAUCCAACUUCUGGCAGAACAUAAGCCGACUGACGCCGUUCCGAAAAUAAAGGACUGCUUUGUGUUUUGCCCUUGCAUCCUGUACAAAGAAAGCACUUUACCCACAGUUGAUGAAAUGCAGUGCCUGGAACCCCUGCUUUUUUUUUUUUUUUCUUUCUUGCAGGGCGAGGCGCUGGCUGGUACAUUACUUGAUAUUUAUUUUUUAGGAAAGAGUUGGACGUUUUUAACAUACUUGUUGCUGCCUUUUCUGUAGUCAAGCGACCAAUCUGCAAAAAUGUCAUACGUAUUUUUGUUCUCCCUGAGGAAGGGUUUGGCCAAGCUGCUACACCUGCCCCCCGUCCGGCUCUUGUUAUAUUGCUAAACAACACUUGGCCUGUCUCUGAGGAUGAUGGGAAAUAUUGUCCAACAAAAUGCUGGACUUGCCAGGUUGCCAAGCCCUGCCCCAUUGUAAUGUACUGUAAUUUCUUUCCAGUUUGUUUACCAGUAGAGUAUUCUAUAAAUUCAUGUUGAAAACGACUUGCUGUAGCCAACACUGAGCAUGAUAAGAAAUGGUACAUUGGUUAACAUGAUACUAACAACUUAACAGACCCUGAGGAACGAGGCACGUUUUUGCCAUCUCAAUGUGAUUAGUAAAUGUACUAACCCUUGACGUGAGGUCAGCCUUUAUUGUACACAGAUUCUUUUUAAGCUCGUUUACAGGCUUUGUGAGUCCACUGGUACAAGCAGAGGUCGGCAAUCAGUACAAGGUAUUCCAAAAAGAAAGCUUGUGACAAUGAGCCCAGAUAUGUUUAUGUGAUGAGUUUACGAAAAGCCUUUCUUUGAGCAAAGGCCUGAAAACCUAUGAUUCACACCAGGGAUAGUCUGAUAUUACCAGCUUUCAUUGAAUUACAACUUGUAUAGACCUCAGCCAGAAACAGACUGCCUUUAUAGAACGAAUAGAAAAAGAGAGUUUGUAGUUCUAUAAGAGCAGGUUAUCCAGAACACAUACCUGAUUUAUGCAGUACUAUCUAAAGACUGAUCGACGUUCACCAAAACUCUGUUUAAAACGUGUUGUGUCACUGACUGGAGUAUUUUCUUACAUUUUAUUUCCUUUCUAAAAACAUAUUGCGAACCAAUACCAUGAAAUGGUGCCAAUCAACAUCACACUCUUUUCUUAAAUUAGGCUUUGUUUCAUAAGUGUAUUUAAAAAGAAAAAAAAACACAAAAUAUAAAACAAUGUGCCUAAAGUAACUUUUUCUGCUGCUAAAGGUGCUUGUUGCACCCUACAGCUCCCAGUGAGAACUCGAUUUGAACUUUUUUGUACACAUUUUUAUUUUUAAUUUAAAUAGUGAAGGCUUUGAUGUUUGAUAUAUAUAUUUUUUUUUUCUCAAAUCUUUCUGCCAUAUUUUCUACCCAUGAAAUCUUCUAUUUGUUUGUAUGUUUUAUUUAUGGUAAGAAACCUGCAUUAAUAGGCAACUUUUGACACGCUGCAUGCUGGGAGUUGUAGUCCACAGCAGUCGUCGUGCUAGGAGGUGCCUAUCCUUGAGUGAAAGUAAGUGUAUGUAACCACUCUCACUUAAUAUUAUUAAUGUAAUGCCUGUUCUGUUCUCUGAUGUUUUUUGUUUGUUUUGGACCUGUUUGUUUGUUCUUCUGAAAUAAAAUUGCCUUACGGUAGUUCACAGUUUCCAAGCCAUAAAACCUCUGCUGUUUUGUUCAGUUUCUAAACAGUUUAAUAUUGUCUAUAAAGUAAAUCUAAAA